CCAGCCUUGCCUCGGGUGUAGGGAUUGCAAGGAGAAAAACAGAACUACACAGCUAAGACACUGUGUGGUUUUGUUUUUGGGAGGAUAUUUCGGAGGCUCAAACGUUCUCACCUGGGAUUUUCUGGAAACAUUUUUGGAUAAGGAGAUAGUUGCUGAGACUAUAGCCAUCUGGGCACUGUCCCAUCAGUUCAAGGCACCCUUGUGGAUACAAGGUGCUGUCCACAAUGUCUACACAGGCGCCAACAUUUACACAGCCGCUGCAGAGCGUUGUGGCACUAGAGGGUAGUGCUGCAACGUUCGAGGCUCAAGUUAGUGGUACUCCAGUUCCUGAGGUGAGCUGGUUCCGUGAUGGCCAGGUUCUUUCCGCUGCCGCUCUGCCCGGCGCACAGAUCUCGUUCAGCGAUGGCCGCGCUGUUCUGAUGAUCCCUGCUGUGACAGCCGCACACAGUGGAAGAUUUUCUGUGAGAGCCACCAAUGGCGCUGGACAAGCCACUAGCACCGCUGAACUUCUUGUUACAGUGGAGACUGCACCGCCUAACUUUAUUCAGAGACUUCAGAGUUUGAGCGUAAGACAAGGAAGCCAUGUGAGGCUGGAUGUCCGUGUGACAGGAAUCCCUACACCUGUGGUAAAGUUCUACAGAGAAGGGGCUGAGAUUCAGAGUUCUGCUGACUUUCAGAUUGUUCAAGAAGGAGACCUUUAUAGUUUGUUGAUUGCCGAAGCCUUCCCAGAGGAUUCUGGAACUUACUCCGUAAAUGCUUCAAACAGCAGUGGAAGGGCUACCUCCACUGCCGAACUGCUAGUUCAGGGGGAAGAGAUAGCAGUCCCUGCAAAGAAAACAAAGACUGCUAUAUCCACUCAGAUGGUGUCCUCUCAGACUCGCCAGACUAGAGAGACCAGAAGAGUGGAGUCACAUUUCCAAGCCAGCUCUACAAUGGAAAUGCAUGUUGAAGGGGGUGUAGUGACUCAGACACUGACACACAAGACACCUCCACGUGUGCCCCCAAAGCCGACCUCAACCUCCAAGUCCCCAACACCACCAUCUCUUGCAGCCAGGGUGGCAGGGGGCCGUCAUCAGUCCCCAUCACCUGUGAGACAUGUCAAAGCCCCCACACCGGCCCCUGUCAGGUCUGCCUCUCCCACUGCUGUCUCGAGGCUGUCUGUGUCCCCAAUCAGACCAGUUAAAUCCCCACUGACCACGCGUAAACAGGCAGCCCAUGGCCCAGAUGUCCUCCCACCAUGGAAGCAGGGGGAGGGAUUUGUGUCAGAGUCCAGUUACAGCAUCACUGCUGGUUCUAGGGCCACCCAUGUCCAGACUUCUACCACCCAUGUUCACAUGGAGCAGCUCCAAGAGGGCUCUUAUGGAUUCCAAACCAGUGGUGCCGCUGUAGCUGGUGUUGCUGUAAGAGAGGGUGAGGGUGGGAAAAAAGCAGAGGCGGUGGCAAAAGUGGUUGCUGCUGUCGACCUAGCACGUGUUCGGAAGCCAAUGCAUGCAGAGGAAGGUGAAGCUGAAGAGGAAACCUUUGAAUCAGAUUUUAAAAAGCAGCAGUUGAUGCAGUCUACUACUGAGCAACAAUUCUCAAAAAGGACAGAGGCUGGCCAAAAGCAAACAACAAUUCAAACCCUUGCUCCAGAACAGAGUGUUCAUGUCACCCAGAUGCAAAGAACUAUCACUCAAGUGGAUACUGGCCUUGCACCAUCCCCAAUUCCACAUUUCACAGUUUCAAAAGUUACUGUUCCUAAACUUGAUCAUAGCUAUGAGGUUUCGAUAGCAGGUUCUGCAAUUGCCACACUGCAGAAAGAGUUAUCCUCUACCACUGCACAUGCUGCGCACAAGAUCAUCAAGCCCGUCAAGCCCCCAUCUCCUAGUCUCCACCGUAAGGUUGUGGGAGUGACACCAGAACCAACCCCGUCGCCCUUUAAAGAUAUUGCAGACAGAUACCAGAUACAUUUUGAAACUCCCUCACACCAGACACAAAUAGGCACUUCAUUUUCAGAGGGCAUGGAGCAAAUGUAUCAAGACUGGGAAACACAGGUUGUUGAAACAGCAGCUAUUCCAUCAUCAAUGGAAGAACCAACUGUGCCACCUACUCUUGUGACUGCCUUGAAGAACAUGACUGUGACUGAGGGGGAAUCUGUGACUCUGGAAUGCCAGAUCACAGGUCACCCUGCCCCUGGCAUCAUGUGGUUCAGAGAAGACUACAGAAUUGAGAGCUCCAUUGACUUCCAGAUCACCUAUGAAAGUGGAUGGGCCCGUCUUGUCAUCCGUGAGGCUUUCGCAGAAGACAGCGGUCGCUUCACUUGUACUGCUACUAGCGAGGCUGGAACAAUCAGCACAUCCUGCUACCUACUUGUCCAGGUGUCAGAGGAGAUUGAGAGCAGAGAGGAGCUGACUACUGUGUCUGGACGUGCUGAAACUACUGUAGAACAACAAAUGAUUGUUGAAGCCAAGGAGGAGACUAUUUCGGAGGUGAGUGCUGUUGCAGAAGCAGCUCCCUUCUUCGUCAAGAUGCCAACUGUACAGAAGUUGGUGGAGGGCGGAGGUGUUGUCUUUGAGUGUCAGAUCGGAGGAAGCCCCAAGCCUCACAUUAUCUGGAAGAAAAGUGGAGUGCCCCUUACUACUGGAUACAGAUAUAAAGUUCACUACAACAAGGAGAGUGGAGUGUGUAGAUUGGAGAUUUCUAUGACGUUUGCUGAUGAUGCUGGAGAGUACUCCAUCUUUGCCAAGAACACGCUUGGAGAAGCAUCUGCUUCAGCCAGUCUGCUCGAGGAAGGGGAGUACGAAGAAUACAUGAAGAAACAUGAAGUGACAUAUAAGACCGAAGUGACUACAAUGGUGCAGCAGACCGCUGUAGUGGAUGCACCGACUUUUUCUGAACUUCAGGUUAAUGUAGUUGAGGAGAGGAUCAUCCAUGAGAUUGAGGUCCGCAUCAUGCAGAUUACUUACCAACAAAUUGUGACUGAGGAUCGUGAAGUGAUGGUGACUUGUGCAGAUCACGAGGCUGUACAGUCAGCCUUUUCUACUCCAGUUAAAAACUACAGGAUCAUGGAAGGAAUGGGCGUUACUUUCCACUGCAAAAUGGCAGGAACUCCACUUCCCAAGGUGGCAUGGUACAAAGACGGCAAGCGUAUCCAUCAUGGUGGCCGUUACCAGAUGGAGUGUCUUCAGGAUGGUCGAGCCAGCCUUCGUCUCCCUGUGGUUCUGCCAGAGGAUGAGGGCGUUUACACAGCUUUGGCUAGCAACAUAAAGGGCAACUCUGUGAGCUCUGGAAAACUAUAUGUGGUGCCCACUGCAGGAGCUCAGAGUUACACGCCUGAACCACAGGCAAUGCAGAGAAUUAGGUCCCAGUCCCCAAGAUCUCUCAGUCGCUCUCCCGGACGUUCAACUAGUCGUUCUCCCGGGCGCUCUCCAGCCCGCAGGCUUGAUGAAACUGAUGAGAGUCAGCUGGAGAGACUUUACAAGCCUGUGUUUGUUCUGAAGCCACAAUCAUUCAGGUGCGCUGAAGGGCAGACCGCCAGAUUUGACCUGAAAGUAGUUGGAAGACCCAUGCCUGACACCUUCUGGUUCCACAAUGGACAACAAGUUGUGAAUGAUUACACACACAAGAUAGUGGUGAAGGAAGAUGGAACUCAGUCCCUGAUUGUGGUUCCUGCCAUGCCCCAUGAUUCUGGAGAGUGGACUGUAGUUGCUCAAAACAGAGCUGGAAGGACCUCUGUUUCCAUGACACUUGCAGUUGAUGCCAAGGAAAGCCUGGUCAGACCCCAAUUUAUUGAGAAACUGAAGAAUAUUAGUGUGAAGAAAGGCACCCUGGUUGAGCUGGCUGUCAAAGCCAUCGGAAACCCCCUGCCUGACAUUGUUUGGCUGAAAAACAGUGACAUCAUCUCUCCAAUUAAGCACCCAAAUAUCAAGAUUGAAGGAACUAAAGGAGAAGCUAAAUUCCAGAUCCCCGAAACUGUAGGCACUGAUAGUGCCUGGUACACAGCCACAGCCAUUAACAAAGCUGGAAGAGAUACCACUCGCUGCAGGGUCAACAUUGAGGUGGAAACUGCUGAACCUGAACCAGAGAGAAAACUUGUUAUUCCCAAGGGAAUUUACAAGGCCAAGGAAAUACCAGCUCCAGAAUUGGAACCCCUGCAUCUCCGUUAUGGUCAGGAGCAAUGGGAGGAAGACGACCUAUAUGACAAAGACAAGCAGCAGAAACCACAAUUCAAGAAGAAGUUGACUUCUGUACGGCUGAAGCAUUCUGGCCCGGUCCAUUUUGAAUGCAGGCUGACCCCUAUUGGGGACCCAACUAUGGUGGUUGAGUGGUUGCAUGAUGGAAAACCCCUGGCAGCUGCUAACAGAUUGCGCAUGGUUAAUGAAUUUGGCUAUUGCAGCCUUGACUAUGAAGUUGCCUAUUCUAGAGACAGUGGUGUCAUCACCUGCAGGGCCACUAACAAGUUUGGUGCCGAUCAGACCUCAGCUACACUCAUUGUAAAGGAGGAAAAGAGCAUGGUGGAGGAGUCUCAGUUACCUGAGGGCAGGAGGGGAAUACACAGAAUUGAUGAGAUGGAGCGUAUUGCUCAUGAGGGAGGUCCUUCUGGAGUCACAGUGGAAGAAGUGGAUGAGAAAACAAAGCCCGAAAUUGUCCUUCUUCCUGAGAAUGCAAAUAUACAGGAAGGUGAAACUGCAAGGUUCCGUUGCAGAGUAACCGGUUACCCUACACCUAAGGUCAAUUGGUACCUCAACGGACAGCUCAUUCGCAAGAGCAAGAGAAUGAGACUUCGCUAUGAUGGCAUUUACUACCUAGAGAUUAUUGAUAUUAAGUCAUACGAUGGAGGAGAUAUCAAAGUGGUAGCAGAAAGCCCUGAGGGCAUAGCUGAGCAUACGGUAAAGCUGGAGAUUACACAGAAAGAGGACUUCAGAUCCAUUCUUCGUCGUGCACCAGAGCCUAAAGUCCCAGAGCCUGGCACCACAGCUGAACAUGGUAGAGUUUCCUUUGAUGUAGUGAAGGUUGAAAAACCAAUUGAAACCAAAGACACCAAAGAGGUUGUGCAACUGAAGAAGACUGAAAGAGUCAUCCAUUCUAAAGCCACAGAGGAGACAGAUGAGUUGAAGGGAAAAUUUAAGCGGAGAACAGAGGAAGGUUAUUAUGAGGCCAUCACUGCUGUGGAGCUUAAGUCUCGUAAGAAGGAUGAGUCUUACGAGGAUAUGCUUAGGAAGAGGAAGGAAGAACUGCUUCACCAUCAGAAAAAAGUGACUGAGGCUGAGAAGAAAAAAGAGGAGGAACGCAAAGUCCAUGUACCCACAUUUAAACCAGAGAGAGUAAAACUAUCUCCGAGCAUGGAAGCUCCAAAGAUCAUUGAACGCAUUGCAAGCCAGACUGUGUCUCAGAUGGAAGAAGUUCACUUCAGAGUCAGAGUUACUGGUAGACCAGACCCGGAGUGCCAGUGGUUCAAGAAUGGAAUUCUGCUGGAGAAGACAGAUCGCGUGUACUCUUACUGGCCUGAAGACCAUGUGUGUGAAUUAGUCAUAAAAAAUGUGAAAGCAGAAGACUCUGCUAGCAUUAUGGUCAAAGCCAUGAACAUUGCUGGAGAGACUUCAAGCCAUGCAUUCUUAUUGGUGCAAGCAAAGACAGUCAUCACCUUCACCCAACAACUAGAAGAGACCAACGCGAAAGAGAAAGACACCAUGGCGACCUUCGAGUGUGAAACCAAUGAGCCUUUUGUCAAAGUCAAAUGGCUGAAGAACAAUGUUGAGAUUUUCUCUGGAGACAAAUACCGGAUGCAUUCAGACAGAAAGGUUCAUUUCCUAUCUGUACUGGUCAUCGACAUGAAGGAUAAUGCAGAGUACACCUGUGCUGUGGUUGAAGAUGAACACAUCAGUACAACUGCCAGACUCGUUGUUGAAGGAGCUCCACUGUCAAUGGUGAAGGGGCUGGAGAACAUUGAGGUGCCUGAAACCUACUCUGGGGAGUUUGAGUGUGAAGUGUCUCGAGAGGAUGCUGAAGGUGUAUGGUAUUUCGAGAACCAGGAGCUCACUUCCAGCAACAAGCAUGUCAUCUCUUCCCGCCGUGGGCGGCACAGUUUAUCUGUGAAAGAUGUCAAGAAAGAAGACCAGGGAAAAUAUACAUUCACCACGGGUGAAUUUAAGACGAGUGCCUCACUGAAGAUGAAAUUGCGCCCUGUGACCCUAUUGCAACCCCUCUCUGACAUAACUGUCUGUGAGGGUGACAUUAGCCAGUUAGAGGUGCGAUUCUCUCAAGAAGAUGUAGAGGGCACUUGGAUGAAGAACAGUGUUCCCAUUGAAGCCUCUGAUCGCAUUCACAUGGUUAUUGACAAGCUCAUUCAUAAACUUCUCAUAGAAGAUACAGGCAGGCUUGAUGGUGGAAUGUACUCAUUUGUAGUUCCUGCACAGGACAUUUCUACCACUGCAAAGCUUACUGUUCAAACAAUUAGCAUCAUGGCUCCACUUAAAGACAUUACGUCAGUUGAGGGGACCAAGGCUGUUAUGGAGGCUAAAAUCUCUGCCGCAGAUAUUGCCUCAGUGAAGUGGUUCCAUGAUGGAAAGCUUGUAACGCCCAGUGAGAGAAUCCAGAUUGUUCCAAAGGGAUCCAAACAGCGUCUGGUGUUCAACAGAACCUUUGCAUCUGAUGAGGGAACAUACAAGCUUUGUGUUGGCAAAGCUGACUCUAGCUGUAAACUAAUGGUUCAAAAAAUCUCCAUUUUGAAGCAAAUGGAGGAUCAGGUUUGCACAGAGACGCAGAAUGUUACCUUUAACGUGGAGGUAUCCCACCCAGGCAUUGAUGGUGUCUGGACCUUCAGGAAACAACAUCUUAAAAAUGGUUCAAAGUAUAAAAUAGUCACCAAGGGCAAGAGUCACAGCAUGACUGUCAUUAAUACCAUGAAGGAUGAAGAGGGGCAAUACACAUUUGCUGCUGGUGAACAGACAUCCAGUGCACAGCUUACUGUAUCAGGCGGUGCUAUAUCCAGACCCCUCCACGACCUCAUUGUGGCUGACUCUCAGACGGCAGAGUUUGAGUGUGAGGUGGCCAACCCGUCUGCACUGGGCAAGUGGCUGAAGGAUGGUCAUCUUUGUGACUUUGGUGAAAAUGUUAGAAGUGAAGAAGAUGGCGCUGUCAGACGUCUUGUUAUUGUCAGCACAAGACCCACUGACGUUGGUGAAUACACCUACCAGGUGGCCAACUCCAAGACCACGGCAAGCCUGAAAGUUGAGGCUGUGAAAGUCAAGAAGACGCUGAAGAACCAAACUGUGACUGAGACAAAGGAGGCUGUGUUCAGUCUGGAGCUCACCCAUGAGGAUGUAAAGGGAUCACAAUGGAUUAAGAAUGGUGUGGAAAUACAACCUAGUGAGAAAUACGAAAUUACAGUUGAUGGCAUGGUCCACAACUUGAAGAUCAAGAACUGUGACACACGUGAUGAAUCAGUUUAUGGAUUCAAACUUGGAAAACUGUCUGCUAAUGCUAGAUUGAAUGUUGAGACAAUUGCUAUUACAAAAAAGCUUAAAGAUGUCACAUCUCUAUUGGAUGCCACUGCCUCUUUUGAGCUGAGUCUGUCUCAUGAUGAUAUUCCAAUCAAAUGGAUGUUCAAAAACAAGGAGCUUAAACCGAGUGAAAAUGUCAAAAUGAUGUCUGAGAGAAAAGCGCACAAGCUGAUCAUCCAGAAUGUGAAGACUGACGACCAGGGGGAAUACACUGCUGUGGUGGGACACUUGCAGUGCAGUGCCCAUUUAUAUGUUGAAUCACUGCGCAUCACGAAACCCAUGAAGAACAUUGACGUCCCGGAGACUCAGGUGGCCACAUUUGAAUGUGAAGUUUCCCAUUUCAAUAUCCCAUCCACCUGGCUGAAAAAUGGAGUUGAGAUCGAAAUGAGUGAAAAGUUCAGGAUUGUUGUUCAGGGCAAACUUCACCAGCUCAAGAUAUUGAACACCAGCAGAGAAGACUCUGCAGAAUACACCUUUGUCUGUGGAAAUGACAGAGUCUCCGCAACUCUGAAAGUUAACCCCAUUAUGAUCACCUCUAUGCUGGAAGACCUCAAAGCACAGGAGAAAGAUACCAUCACAUUUGAAGUGAAUGUCAACUAUGAAAGUAUCACCUACAAAUGGCUCAAAAAUGGGGUUGAGAUCCGUUCCAGUGACAGAUGCCAGAUACGCUGCAAACAAUUUACUCACUCGCUUACUAUCCGGAAUGUUCAUUUUGGUGAUGGUGCAGAAUACACGUUUGCUGCUGGCUCUGCUAUAACUACAGCCAACCUAUAUGUUGAUGCACGUGUUAUUGAAUUCACCAAGCAUAUCAAAGAUAUCAAGAUCACAGAGAAAAAGAGGGCCACUUUUGAAUGUGAGAUCUCUGAGCCUAAUGUUCCGGUGAUGUGGAUGAAAGAUGGACAGGAGCUGGAAAUGUCUGAUAGGUACAAAGUCUCCACUGAGAAAUUUGUACAGCGAUUGAUGAUCCAGUCAGUCCGCAUGUCGGAUGCCGGUGAAUAUUCUGUGGUUGCCGGCUCAAGCAUGUCAAAGGCUCAUCUCACCGUGGAGGGCCGUGAUGUCCGUAUCACAGAACCCGAAGAGAAAGAAUUCACGGUUGUUGAGAAACAAAAAACUUCGUUUGAGUUUGAAGUCAGUGAGGAUGACAUUGAAGGUCGCUGGCUGAGGAAUGGCGUUGAAAUCCAGUUCCACCUUGACGAUAGGCUACACUAUGCUGCAAUUAGAAAGGUCCACCGCAUGACUAUCUCAGAGACGUACAGAAGUGAUGCAGGGGAGUACACCUUCAUUGCUGGCAAGAACAGGGCUGUGGUUACUCUCCAUGUCAAGAUUCCUGAGCCACCUCAGAUCAUCCGCCAGAUGCAGCCUUUGUCUGUGGAGUCUGGCAAACCUGCUCGAUUCUCUGUGGAAGUGACUGGCAUCCCCCAGCCUCAGGUCGUGUGGUACAAAAAUUCUCAGGCUCUGUCCCCUGGUUUCAAGUGCAAGUUCCUUAGUGAAGGAAACGAGUACACUCUGCUUCUCAUUGAAGUGUUUCCAGAGGACGCAGCAGUCUACAACUGUGAGGCCAAAAAUGAUUUUGGCCUGGCCACCAGUUCAGCCUCGCUCAAUGUGGAAGUUUCAGAAGUAGUUUCUCCUGAAACUGGAGCUCCACCAUCCAAACCUGUGAUCAUUACACCACUGCGCAACACCUCAGCCAAACAGGGAGAGUCCGCAAGAUUCCAGUGCAGAGUCUCCGGUGAAGAUCUGAAGAUCUCUUGGUAUGUCCAUAAGAAGGAGAUCAGUCAGUCUGAUACCUUCAGGAUAUCUCAGUUUGAUGACACCUGCCAGUUGGAGAUCACCAGAGUGUACGCUGAGGAUGAGGGGGAAUAUACCUGUGUUGCAAGAAACCAGGCAGGAAUGGUCACUUGCUCCGGAUAUCUUGCACUUGAAGUGACUGAAAAGGAGGCAGAGGAAAAGGAAAAGGAAGUUGGAGUGCCACCCAUUUUCAAAUCCAAAAUCCAGCCUCUGGAGAUCAAUGUUGGCAGCCAUGCCAAGUUCGAAUGUGAGAUUGAAGAAGCACCAAACGUGCAGUUCAAGUGGUUCAAAUCUGGCACUCCGCUCAAAGAUGGUGCAAGUUGCAGGAUCCUCAGUCGGUCACUAGCAUCUUCUUUGGAGCUUCUGAGCCCAACCAAAGCUGACAGUGGUGAAUAUACCUGCACCGCUAAAAAUCAGAAUGGCAGUGACACCUGUACCGCAAAACUCAACGUAACUGAGCGCAAACUCCCCCCCAACUUCACCAAGAAGCCUGCUGAGACUAUGGAAGAUGCAGAGGGGCAGUUGGUGAGGAUUGAGGGUCGUUUAUCUGGAUCUCAACCCAUGGACAUUAUUUGGUCCAAGAAUCAAAGUGAAAUUCAGGCCUCUAAUAAGUAUGAAAUGGAUUUCAAGAGCAGUGUGGCUGUGCUGUAUAUCAAGAACUCUGAACUCUCAGACAGUGGCACUUAUACCUGCACUGCCACCAAUGAAGCUGGCACUGCCUCCUACCAAGUGUCUCUUAGCAUUUCUGAACAAAAGAAAGGCCCUGUUUUCGAUAUACCUCUCAAACAUGUGACUGUAAAUGAGGGUGAGAAACUGAAGCUUAGUUGCCAUGUCUGCGGAGAAGCGCCUCUGAAGAUUCAAUGGAUGAAGGACAGGAAGGAGGUCAAAUCCUCUACAAACUGCAGAAUUGUUUUCGUUGGUGGCACUGCCUCUUUAGAGGUCCUCUGCACAUCGAAAACAGAUGCUGGGGAUUAUCUAUGCAAGGCUACCAACGAUGAUGGUAGUGACUUUGCCAGGUCCAAAGUGACAAUAAUAGAAAAAGCAGCAAAACCUGAGGCCGCUGCUACUGUAGCCCCAGCGCCAGCAAAGACUCCAACAAAGAGACUGGACAACUUGUUCUUCGUAGAUGAGCCCCAGAGUGUCAAUGUAACGGAAAAGGGCACUGCAACGUUCAUCGCCAAAGUUGGAGGUGACCCCAUUCCUAAUGUGAAGUGGAUGAAGGGCAAGUGGAGACAGCUCACUCAUGGUGGUCGCAUCAGUAUUGAGCAGAAAGGCCCGGAUGCCAAGUUGGAGAUCAGAGAAAUAACCAAGUCUGACUCCGGACAGUACAGAUGCGUCGCAACAAGUUCUGCUGGGGAAAUAGAAACCAGCACUGAACUGAAUGUUGAGGAAAAGAAAGACAAGAAAGCAGUUGAUGGAGACUUCAGAGCAAAACUUAAAAAGACACCAUCCAAGCAGAAGAGUCCAAAGAAGGAGGGAGAGAUUGACAUCGUGGAGCUAAUUAGGGGUGUGGACCCCAAAGACUAUGAAAAAGUCCUUAGAGAACAUGGCAUCACUGACUACCGUAUUCUUCUUCAGGCCAUUGAGCAGUUAAAGAGGGAGAAAGAAGCUGAAAGUGGAAGAGUGGCAACUGAGCAUGGAGGUGAAACUGAGGAUACAGCCAGGUUUAUGACUGACUUACAAUCAAGAAUGCAGGCUGAGCCUGUCACUCUUGUGAGCGACAUCAAAGACCAACAUACCACUCCAUUGAACACAGCAACAUUUGAGUGUGACAUCAAGAUCAACUACCCAGAGAUCACUUUGUCCUGGUACAAGGGAACACAGAAGCUUGAGAAUAACAAUAAAUAUGAAAUCAGCAUUGUUGGGGACCGUCACAUCUUGAAGAUCAAGAACUGUGAAACCAAAGACCAGGGGAACUACCGUGUUGUAUGUGGCCCACAUAUCUCCAGUGCCAAACUGACCAUUGAUGAUGCAGAUCAACAAGCUGGCAUAAUUCAGUUCACCAAACGCAUCCGGAGCAUUGAGGUGAAUGAGCACCAAUCUGCUACUUUUGAAUGCGAGUUGUCCUUCGACAAUGCUAUCGUUUCAUGGUACAAAGACACUUGGGAACUCAAAGAGAGCCCAAAGUAUAACUUCGGAAGCGAAGGUCGACGACACUUUAUGACCAUCCGCAAUGUAACUUCUGAUGAUGAAGGCGUUUACUCGGUGAUUGCGCGGUUGGAACCCAACGGUGAAGCUAAAAGCACAGCUGAACUUUACCUUUCAGAGAAAGAAAUAGAAUUAGGAAGGGUACCUUAUGAUGUCCCAGAUUCAUCAGUACAGGCAUACAGAGAAGAAUCCACUGAAUAUUAUUAUGAAGAGAUGACCGAAAUGAGAGGAGGAAGGGAACUUAUUGAUGAAAGUGUUUCUAAAACUCAAGUGGGAACGAGAGAAGGAGUACCUAAAGUUCCUGAAGCUUUCAAGAAACCUGAGAAGAAGCCAGUAGUCCCAGCUCAGACCAAAGUGUCUGAAGCAAGGAGGCCUCAUGAAGAACCUAUAUAUCCACUGGUUGAACAUGAACAACUCUAUCCCAUCGCUACAGAUGUUCCUAAACCCAAACCACAUAUAGCCCCUGAGCCCAAAGUGGCACCGGAGCCCAAAGUGGCACCGGAGCCCAAAGUGGCACCGGAGCCCAAAGUGGCACCAGUGCCCAAAGUGGCACCGGUGCCCAAAGUGGCACCGGAGCCCAAAGUGGCACCGGAGCCCAAAGUGGCACCAGUACCCAAAGUGGCACCAGAGCCAAAGGUGGCACCUGGGGUUGAAGCUCAACCAGAACCCAAACCCACCCCUACAAAGACACAAGCUCCUCAAGCUAAAGUGCCUGAGGAAUACCCUGUAGCUGAGCCCAUAAAGAAGACUCUACAAGAAGAGAUUUCACAAAAAGUACCAGAAGAAGUCACAAAGAGAACAGCACCUCAACCCGUGGCAGCAAAGGUUGUUCCCAAAAAAGUACCAGAGAUCACCAAAAUAGAAGAGCCUGCAAUUCCACCAGCUGCAGCAAAGGUUGUUCCAAAAAAGACUGAUGCUACUCCAGAGAAAGUUAUCAUGGAUGUUAUUACAACGGAGAAGCCAAAACCAGAAGCUGAUCACAAGCUGCAAACUGGCAUGCCGGAGCCAGUUGCAGCACCAAAGAGAGAGGAAUUUAAGAAGCCACGGCAAGCAACUAGCAAGCCAGAGCCAGUGGCACAAAAGGAAAUCCAUGUAGUGCAAGUUAAACAGAAAGAUGAGCUGCCUGAAGAAACACCACUAACUAAAUAUCAAAAGAGGGAAGAAGUUUCUCAGACAAAAGAAGUCCUCCAGAAACCCAAGAAAGUAAUUACAGCUGUAAAGUUAGAAGCUGCAACUAAGCCCAAAGAAACUCCUGAAGGUGAAGUGCUACCAGAGGAGAAGAAAAUCUCUCCACCUACACCUAAGCCAACUGCUCCCAUUGUAGAAAAAGUACCCCCUAAAGUGACACCAGAGAAGAAAAUAUCUCCACCGAAGUCAAAGCCUUCAGCGGCUCCCCAUGUAGAGAAAGUUUAUCCUCCUGAAGUGACAACGGUACAGAAGGAAGCCGCCCCACCACUGCAGAUACCAAAGCUUGCACCUGCUCGCCUUGUUGAAACAGUUUCUCCCACUGAAGUGUCUCCAGCUGAAAAGAGGGCCUCCCCACUGAUGCAAACACCUUCACCUGUUUCACCUAGUGCAUCACCCCCUGAAGAUAAGGGCCCUGUAACAGCACCAGGGGAAGCAGUCAAAGAUGGGAAACCAAAAGAGGAAGCUGCCGGUAGAGGUAGAGGUAGAGGCAUUCAAGCUAAACAAACCCCUUCACCUGGUGGCAGGGAUAGAGGACUCAAAACUGGUGCUGGAGGUGACAAACCCCCUGAUGCAAAUCCUUUUGGAUUCCAGCUGAAAGCAGUUCCAUUAAAGUUUACAAGACCACUCAAAAACAUAGUGUUACAGGAGGCCGAAUCAGUUGGUGCGUCUGCUACGUUUGAGUGUGAGGUUUCACCUUCUACUGCCGUAACCACAUGGAUGAAAGAUGACAUUAACAUAAGAGAAAGCCCAAAACACAAGUUCUACUCUGAUGGCAAAGAUCGUAAACUGUUUAUCAUUGAUGUGCAACUUUCUGACACUGGUGAAUAUACUUGUGUGGCCAAGCUGGGCAACAAGGAAAAGACAAGCACCGCCAAACUGAUAGUAGAAGAAUUACCUGUGAAGUGGGUAAAGACUCUGGAAGAGGAUGGCAUGUCAGUCCUCAAGACUCAGCCUAUGUACCUGACCUGUGAGUUAAACAAAGAGAGAGAUGUGGUCUGGAAGAAGAGUGGUGUGCCACUUAAAAACAUCCCUGGAAAAGUGGCAAUCAAUGUAAUUGGGAUGCAACAUGCUAUUACAAUCCAGGACACGGAUGAUAACGACGCUGGCAUUUACUCUUGCGAGUGUGGUGACAUCAAGACUGAAACAGAUGUCAAAAUCAUUGAAAUUGUCAGAGACUGGUUGGUGAAACCGUUGAGAGAUCAGCACGUGAAACCCAAGGCCUGUGCCACUUUCAAAUGUGAGCUCUUCAAAGAUACCCCCAACUGGAAGUGGUUCCAUGGCGACAAAGAGAUUCCUAAUGAUCCCACUGACAAGACUGAGGUCAAGAAAGAAGGAAAAGAUGUGACGCUCACUAUUAAGAAUGCAUCACCUGAUGAUAUUGGGCAAUAUGCCAUGGAGGUUGAAGGCCGCAGAUACACAGCUAAACUGACUCUUGGAGAACGGGAGGCUCUGAUCUUGAAGCCACUCUCCAGUAUGGAGGUGGUUGAGAAAGAAGAGGUUACGUUUGAAACAGAAAUUUCUGAAGAGGAUGUGGUUGGAGAAUGGAAACUUAAAGGAAUUGUCCUGCAAAGAUCCCCGGUGGUUGACAUCAGAUCUGAGGGCAAGAAACGUUUCCUCACUCUGAAAAAUGUUCAACUUGACCAGUCUGGUGAAGUGACUUACCAAGCUUUGAAUGCUGUCACUAGUGGGGUGCUAACAGUCACAGAAAUGGAAAUGGACUUUACUGUCCCCUUGAAAGAUGUGUCUGUACCUGAAAAGAAACAGGCUAAGUUUGAAUGUACUAUCAACAAGGAAGUGCCUAAAGUCAUGUGGUUGAAGGGGUCAGACAUCUUGUCUGCAGGCAAUAAAUAUGACAUAAUUGAUGAUGGAAAGAAACAUAUAUUGGUCAUAAACAACAGUGAAUUUGAUGAUGAGGGCCAAUACACUAUUGAAGUAAUGGACAAAAAGUCAACAGCACAGUUGACUGUGGAGGGUAUAAGGCUCAAAUUCAUCACACCACUAAAGGACCAAACUGAGAAGGAAGGUAAAACAGCUCAGUUUGAUGUUGAGCUCUCCCAUGAGAAUGUACCCGUGACAUGGUACAAAAAUGAAAUCAAACUCCAUGUGAGCAGGACCGUGCUCAUCCAUGCUGAAGGAAAGAAACAUAAGUUAGAAAUCAAAGAGUUGACACUAGAUGAUACCUGCCAGAUUAGGGCAGAGGCUAAAGGAAUUUCCUCAGCGGCAAACCUGACCGUUCUAGAGGGCGAUGCAUACUUCACAGUUAAGUUGCAGGAUUACACUGCAGUUGAGAAGGAUGAGGUUAUUCUGGACUGUGAAGUCAGCAAAGAUGUCCCUGUGAGGUGGUACCACAACGAGACUGAAAUUAAGGCCUCUAAGAUGGUAACCAUAAAGUCUGAGGGGAACAGAAGAGUGUUGUCCAUCAAGAAAGUAGAAGAAAAAGAUAAGGGUCAAUAUGUAUGUGAUUGUGAUACAGACAAGACCGUGGCGACCAUUAACAUUGAAGCUCGUGAUAUCAAGAUAACUCGCCCAAUGUAUGGUGUUGAGCUCUUUGAUGGCGAGACAGCUCGUUUUGAAGUUGAAAUCUCUGAAGAUGAUGUCCAUAGCCAGUGGAAACUGAAGGGGGAAACCCUUUCUCCCUCUCCUGAUGUUGAAAUGAUUGAGGAUGGUGCCAAGCACACUUUGACAUUGUAUAACUGCAAAGUCUCCCAGACAGGAGAAGUUGGAUUUACAGCUGCCAAUGCUAAGUGUGCAGCCAACCUCAAAGUAAAAGAACUGCCGCUAACAUUUAUCACGCCGUUGAGUGAUGUGCAAGUGUAUGAGAAAGACGAGGGAAGAUUUGAGGUUGAAAUUUCAAGGUCCACCAAGACUUUCCGUUGGCUCAAAGGAUCUCAAGAGUUGGAAAACGAUGAUAAGUUUGAGAUUAUCCAAGAGGGAAAUAGACACACUCUGGUAGUCAAAUCGGCUGCAUAUGAAGAUGAAGCUAAAUACAUAUUUGAGGCCGAGGACAAAAGAACCACUGCCAAACUAGUUAUCCAAGGUAUCCGCCUUGAGUUUAUCAAGCCCAUCAAGGAUGUCACGGUCAAGGAGCGAGAAACAGCAGAAUUCAGUAUUGAAUUGUCGCAUGACAAGAUCUCAGUCGUCUGGUACAAGAAUGACGUGCGUCUUCACCCCAGUAAGGUUGUGCACAUGUCAGACAGCAGGAAGAUGCACACGCUGACGUUCAAGCAGGUGUCCAUUGAUGACACAUCCAUGAUCAAAGUGGAAGCCAUGGGCAAGAGCUCUGAGGCCAUGCUCACUGUUCUUGAGGGAGAACCAUACUUCAUCACGAAACUUCAAGACUACACUGCAGUUGAGAAGGAUGAAGUGGUGUUGGUUUGUGAACUUAGCAAGACCUCUGCUGAGGUUAAAUGGUUCAAAGAUGGGCAGGAGAUCAUGCCAAACAAGAAUCUAGUCAUUAAAACUGAUGGAAAGAGGCGUAUUCUAACAGUAAAGAAAGCUGAGAAGAACAACAUUGGAGAGUACACCUGUGAUUGUGGUUCUGACAAAACCACAGCCAGGUUGGACAUUGAGGAGCGAGACAUUAAGAUAGUGCGUCCACUGUACAGUGUGGAAGUGACGGAAACAGAGGUCGCCAAGUUUGAGACUGAGAUCUCGGCCGACGACAUUCAUGGUCAUUGGAAACUCAAAGGAGAGGCCCUUCAUCAAUCUCCUGACUGUGAGAUUAAGGAGGAGGGUACAAAGCAUUUCCUUAUCCUGUACAACGUUGCCAUGAAUCAGGCUGGAAGUGUUGACUUCCAGGCUGCCAAUGCUAAAUCAAAUGCUCAGCUUAGAGUUAAAGCACGGAGCAUCGGACUUAUGCGACCUCUCAAGGACGUUACUGUUACUGCCGGGGAGACCGCCACCUUUGAAUGUGAACUCACUUACGAAGGAAUCACUGUAGAAUGGUUUUUAGGAAGCACCAAGAUGGAGCCAAGUGAAAGGGUGGUCACAAGAGCAGAAGGCAGAGGACACAGCCUGACUGUCAGAAAUGUCAAGCUUACUGAAGCUGGUGAAGUCAGGCUCACCGCAAAGGAUUUCAAGACCCAGGCCAAACUCAUAGUCAGGGAGCCACCAGUUGAGUUCACUAAACCUCUGGAAGACCAAACAGUUGAGGAGGAGGCAACUGCUACUUUAGAGUGUGAAGUCUCCAGAGAAAAUGCUGAGGUCAGAUGGUUCAGAGACUCCCAGGAGAUCCGCAAAACUAAGAAAUAUGAUGUUAUCGUUGAUGGCCGCAAGAGAAGACUUGUCAUUCACGGCUGCACUCUGGAGGAUUCAAAGACAUACAUAUGCGAUGCUAAAGAAUUCAAAACCUCUGGUUUCUUGAAUGUUGAACCUCCACAUGUUGAGUUUUCUAAGCCACUUCAUGAUGUUGAGGUCAAAGAAAAGGAAAAUGCCAGAUUUGAAUGUGAAGUGUCUCGUGAGAACGCCAAGGUAAAAUGGUACAAGGAUGGCAACGAGAUCAGAAAGGGAAAGAAAUAUGAGAUCAUUGCCGAUGGUUUCAAACGUAUCCUUGUUGUCAACAAGUCAGUCUUCGAUGAUGAAGCAGAGUAUGAGUGUGAUGCUAAGACCUCCAAAUCCUCUGGGAUGCUGACAGUAGUUGAGGAAGAGGCUAGGUUUACCAAGAACCUGUCUAACGUGGAGGGAACAGAAACAGACAGUGUGAAGAUGAUUUGUGAAGUGUCAAAAGCCAGCGCUGAGGUUACCUGGUGGAAGGGAGAACAGGAACUGCCUGAGGGAGGAAGAUUUGAACAGAUCAUGGAUGGAAGGAAGAGAAUCUUAAUCAUACAAGAUCUCAGAAUGGAGGACGCUGGAGAGUAUAACUGCAGACUGCAUAGCUCCAAAACGUCAGCAACACUGAAACUGAAUGAACUGGCUGCUGAGUUCAUCUCCAGGCCUCAGAGUCAGGAGGUAGUUGAGGGAGAAAAGGCAGAGUUUGUCUGCUCAGUCUCCAAAGACACCUACGAGGUCAAAUGGUUUAAGGGUGACAACGAGAUUGUACCCGGAGAAAAGUACGACAUUGUCUGUGAUGGUAAAAGAAGAGCACUCAUUGUGAAGAACUGUACAACAAAGGAUGAGGGAGGCUAUGUGGCCUUUAUUGGAGCUACCAAAGCCUCUGCUGAUCUGUUGGUUAUUGAGAAACUGAGAAUCAUCACGCCCAUCAAGGACACGCAAGUGAAGGAGGGACAGGAGAUUGUUUUCAACUGUGAGGUGAACACUGAAGGCGCUAAAGUAAAGUGGCUGAAGAAUGACGAGACCAUGUUUGAGAGCAGCAAGUUUGUCAUGAUCCAGAAAGACAAUGUGUUCUCUCUGAGGAUUUCUGGUGCAAACAAGGCAGAUGAAGCCACUUAUACUGUUACAUUGACAAACCAUCGUGGUGAACAAGCCAAGAGUUCAGCCAAGGCCAAAGUACAAGAGGAGAAGCUCAAGAUUAUUCAGCCUCUUGAGGACUGUGAGACACAAGAGAAGAAGACAAUCAGCUUCACUUGCAAGGUGAACAGACCUGAUAUCACCAUCAAAUGGAUGAAGGCGGGUCAGGAGAUCACCAUGAACAAACGUGUUCUGUAUCGUGUGGAAAAAGACAAACACACACUGACCAUCAAGGACUGUGUCAUGGACGAUGAGGGUGAAUACACUGCCGUAGCUGGGGAUGACAAGUGCACAGCUGAGUUGAUAAUCAGUGAGGCCCCCACUGACUUCUCCACACCACUCAAAGACCAGACCAUCACUGAGUUUGAGGAUGCUAUAUUCACGUGCAAAGUGUCCAAGGAAAAGGCUCCAGUUAAAUGGUACAGGAAUGGUCGUGAGAUCAGAGAGGGACCCAGAUACUCAUUUGAGAAAGAUGGCAGGGUUUGCAAACUCAAGAUCAAGGAGUGCAGACCAGACGAUGAGUGUGAAUACGCCUGUGGUGUGGAAGACAGGCGAUCCAGGGCCCGGCUCUUUGUUGAAGAGACCCCAGUUGAGAUCAUUAGACCACCCCAGGAUGUAUUUGAACCACCAGGUUCAGAUAUUGUGUUUGAGGUGGAGCUCAACAAAGACAGAGUCGAGGUGAAAUGGAUGCGAAACAACAUGGUUAUUGUCCAGGGUGACAAGUACCAAAUGAUGAGUGAGGGCAAAGUCCACAGACUCCAGGUGUGUGAGGUUAGGCCUCGCGACCAGGGAGAGUACAGGGUGGUCGCCAAAGACAAGGAUGCCAGAGCCAAGCUGGAACUGGCAGCUGUGCCAAAGAUCAAGACUACUGACCAGAACCUGGUCACAGACGCUGGAAAGCCCUUCGUCAUGGUCAUCCCCUAUGAUGCCUAUCCUCGUGCAGAGGCUGAGUGGUUCUUUGAUGGUGUCAGCUUGCCUGUGCAGAACAUUGACACCACCACAGACAGUACCGAGUACAGGCUGAAGAGCCCCAAGAAGACAGAUCAGGGCAGGUACAAGAUUGUCAUCAAGAACAAACACGGACAGGGAGAGGCAUUCAUUAAUCUGGAUGUCAUCGACGUCCCCGGACCUGUGAAGAACCUUGCAGUUGUGGACACAGCUGAUGGUGAGGUCAGCCUGAGCUGGGAGGAGCCAGAGAGUGAUGGUGGCAGCAAGAUUGUUGCAUACGUGGUGGAGAGGCGUGAUGUCAAACGCAAGACAUGGACCCUUGCCACUGACCGUGCUGAUGCCCCUGAAUACUGUGUUAGCGGCCUCCAGAGGGACAAUAAGUACUUAUUCAGAGUGUGCGCUCGCAACAGAGUGGGGAGUGGACCCACCGUGACGACAGACGAAGCUGUCCAGGCCAAGAAUAAGUUUGAUGUGCCAGAGGCGCCUGAGAACGUCAUGGUUGGCAUUGUUAAUAGGUUUGGAGCCACCAUUUCCUGGGAAAAACCAGUAUCGGAUGGUGGAUCCGAGAUAACCUCCUACAUCAUUGAGCUACGCGACAGAACCUCUGUGAGCUGGGAGGUGGCUAUGAUCACCAAGGCUGAGGACCGCACAGCCACACUCUCUGACGUGGUGGAGAACAAGGAAUACAUCUUCCGUGUCAAAGCCGAAAACAAGGCUGGCAUUGGCAAACCAAGUGCUGCCACUGAUCCGGUGAAGAUCAUGGACCCCAUUGAGAAACCAAGUCCACCUUUGAACUUCAACUACACCGACCAGACCAAGGACUCUGUUCAGCUGACAUGGGAGACCCCCGCCAGCAACGGAGGAAGCAUGAUCACUGGCUACAUUAUUCAGAAGUGUGAGGAUGGAACAGACAAGUGGCUUAGAUGCAAUGCCAGGUUGUGCCAGGACCUGCACUACAAGGUAUCUGGACUGAAGCAGGGCAUAAAGUACCACUACAGAGUCUGUGCGGAGAAUGCAGCCGGCGUUUCAGAUCCAGCUGACCAGCUUGGGCCUCUCCUGGCAGAUGAUUCUCAUGUUGGACCUUCCAUGGAUCUCAGUGGAUUCAGGGACGGGCUGGAAGUCAUUGUUCCUCAUCCUCUUGUGAUCCGUGUCCCUAUUCUUGGAUACCCCACACCACAUGCAAAGUGGAGCUUUGGUGAUAAGGAGCUCACUGCUGGUGAUCGUGUGUCCAUGGUUACAAGGAGUGCCUACACAGAACUUACCAUCGCACCAAGUGUGCGUCCAGACAAGGGCACAUACACUCUCCACCUGGAGAAUGACGUGACCAGCACCUUUGGAGAGAUCGAAGUCAAUGUUAUUGCAUCCCCAAGUGCCCCCAAAGACUUCAAGGUGGCCGAGGUCACAAGACGACAUGUGCACCUGAUGUGGGAGGCACCAGAGCAUGACGGAGGAAGCCCAGUCAUUGGCUAUCAGAUUGAAAAGAAGGAAGUGUCCCGCAAGACCUGGGUUAAGGUUAACAUGGGUAUACAGGACCUGGAGUUCACUGUGUCAGAUGUCGUUGAAGGCAAAGAGUAUGUGUUCAGCGUUGCUGCUAUCAACAAAUGUGGGCCAGGAGAGCCUGCCUACACUGACGAGCCAGUGAAUGUGUCCUCCCCUGCCACUGUGCCAGAUCCACCUGAGAACCUGAAAUGGAGAGACAAGUCUGCAAAGGGCAUCUUCCUGCUCUGGGAGCCACCCAAGUAUGACGGAGGAGCUUCAAUCAAAGGCUAUGUUGUGGACAAAUGCCAGCGUGGCACAGACAAGUGGGAGCCAUGUGGAGACCUGUUGCCUGAGCUCAAAUUCCAGGUGACUGGUCUGAUUGAGGGACAGUGGUAUGCGUACCGUGUAAGGGCAAUCAACAGGCUAGGAGCCAGCAAACCCUGCAAGGCUACUGAUGAGAUCCUGGCUGUUGAUCCUAAAGAGCCUCCAGAGAUUCAACUGGAUGUGAAGUUGCUGUCAGGACUGACCGCUAGAGCCGGAACAAACAUUGAGCUUCCAGCUGAUAUUAUUGGAAAGCCAGAUCCCAAGGUGAAAUGGACCAAGGCAGACCGGGUCCUGAAAGGAGAUGACCGCAUUACCAUUGAUACCAAGCCUGGAAACUCCACUUUGUCUAUUGCCAAAACUGUCAGAGAAGACACAUCUACCUACAUUAUUGAGGCAGUCAACAGCUCUGGUCGUGCUACUGCAACUGUUGAUGUCAACAUUCUUGAUAAGCCUGGUCCUCCGGCUGCCUUUGAUAUCUCUGAGAUCACCAACCACUCCUGCCACUUGGCCUGGAACCCUCCCAGAGACGACGGAGGUUCUGCCAUCACCAACUACAUCGUAGAGCUCAGACCCUUUGACAAAGAGGAGUGGACCAAACUGUCUUCCACAGUGAAACAAACCAACUUCAAUGCAACCAAACUCACCCCUCUGAAAGAAUAUGUCUUCAGAGUACAGGCUGAGAACCAGUACGGCAUUGGCGCUCCUAAUGAGCAUGUGCCAAUCACUGCCAAAUAUGCCUUUGAUCCUCCUGGGGCCCCAUCCAGAGUGCAGCCCUCUGAUAUUUCAAAGGACUCUUUGACCCUGACUUGGUACGAACCUGAUGAGGAUGGGGGCAGUCCGAUCACCGGGUACUGGAUUGAGAAAUUUGACCCAGAAAAUGACAAAUGGAUCAGAUGCAACAAACUGCCUGUCACGGACACCACUUACAGGGUGAAGGGUCUGCCCACCAAAAAGAAGUACAAGUUCCGUGUCUUGGCUGAGAAUCUUGCAGGACCAGGAAAACCAAGCGCUGAGACGGAGCCAGUGUUGGUCAAGGAUCCAAUUGAUCCUCCAUGGGCCCCUGGAAAACCCUGUAUCAGAGAAAUAGCUAAGACUUCUGCAUUACUGGAAUGGACCAGGCCAGAGCACGAUGGAGGUGCUAAGAUUGAGAGCUACAUUAUUGAGUUCCUGAAGACUGGCACCGAAACAUGGAUCAGAGCAGCAGAGGAUGUGCCCCAGACAGAGCACUUACUGAAGGGUUUGAUGGAGAAACAGGAAUACUCUUUCAGAGUCAGGGCAGUGAACUGUGCUGGAGAGAGUGAGCCCAGUGACCCGAGUGAUCCUGUGGUCUGCAAGGAAAGACUUUAUCCUCCGUCAGAACCUCAAUGGCUCGAGGUGACCAACAUCACAAAGAUUAACGCUGAACUGAAGUGGCAGGCUCCUGAAAGCGACGGUGGCUCCCCAAUCACCAACUAUAUUGUUGAGAAGAGGGAUGUCAGACGCAAGACCUGGACUGCAGUGGACACCACUGUGAAGGAGCUGAAGUACACUGUCACUCCUCUCACCGAGGGCACUCUGUAUGUGUUCCGUGUGGCCGCUGAGAACGCAGUCGGACAGAGUGAUUACUGUGAACUGGAGGACGCUGUUCUGGCUAAAGAUACUUUCACCACUCCUGGGCCCCCCUAUGCCCUAACUAUUGUAGAGGUGUCCAAGAGACAUGUUGAACUGAAAUGGGAAGCUCCCAAGAGUAAUGGUGGAAGACCCAUUACCAAGUAUGUGAUUGAGAAGAAAGAGAAACUUGGAACCCGCUGGGUGAAGUCUGGAAAGACCCCUGAUGCUAUGUGCAACUUCAAAGUCACUGACGUGGAUGAGGGCACUGAGGUUCAGUUCCAGGUCCGUGCUGAAAAUAUGGCAGGUGUUGGACACCCCAGUGAACCAACAGAAGUAGUCACCAUUGAGGACGCUACAAGUCCACCAUCUCCUCCUCUUGACUUGGUCAUAGUUGAUGCCAGCAGAGAGCAUAUCAACAUUACCUGGAAGUUGCCAUUAAAGAAUGGAGGUAGUCCCAUCACAGGCUACCAUGUCGAGCUCCGUGAGGCUAAAGCUGAGAAGUGGAUAAGAAUCAACACUCGCCCAAUCAAGGAGCUGAAAUACAAAGCAGAGGAAAGCAUUAAGCCAGAGAAACAGUAUGUCUUGAGAGUUCGUGCCAUCAACGCAGUUGGUGUCAGCGAUCCAUCAGAAAUUUCCGAGAAGGUCUUUGCCAAGGACCCAGACUGUAUCCCUACCAUGGAUAUGGAGGCCCUUGACAUUGUGGUGAUUGAGGGUGACAAGCUGCAUCUAAACAUCCCAUACAAGGCCAUCCCCAAACCAGAGAUGAUCUGGAACAAAAUCAGUGAAAAAGAUCCUUCCGUGGUCACAAAGUUGCAGAAUGAUGACAGAACGUUGUUGACUUGUGAGCUCAACAGUGUCCAUCUGGAACGAAUGAAGAGUGUGCAUGAUGAUGCAGGACAAUACUCUGUCACUUUGGAGAAUUCCAUCGGAUCAGCCACUAGAAUCAUCAACGUUAAAGUUAUUGGUCUGCCUGGCCAGUGCAAAGACAUCAAUGCUAGUGACAUCACUAAGAACACCUGCAAGCUGACAUGGGAGGCUCCAGAGAAUGAUGGAUGUACUCCUAUUCUCCACUAUGUUCUGGAGCGUAGAGAGGUUCCUAAUAAGACUUUCAGGCCUCUAAUGUCAGGAGAGAAUAUUCUUACCUACCAGGUGAAGGAUCUGAAGCUGAAUGAACAGUAUUACUUCCGGGUCAAGGCCGUAAACAAGGUCGGCUCUGGGCCAUUCCUGGAGCUCCGCAACCCUGUCAUCACUGAAGAUGUGAAACAGAGGCCAGAUCCACCCAUUGAUGUUGAGGCUCAUGAUCCAACAGGCAACUCUAUUACUCUGACCUGGAAACCACCUGUGUCUGACGGUGGUUGCACCAUUACUGGCUACAUACUGGAAAGCAUUGAGAAGGAUGGUGAUAGCUUUAAGAGAAUCAACCCAUCCCUGGUUCCUGGUUUCACCUACGAGGUGAAGAAUCUGAAGGAAGGCAAAGAGUUUCAGUUCCGUGCUCGUGCUGAGAACGCUGCUGGUGUCAGUGAACCGUCUCGAAGCACCCCACUGACCAUGAUCGCAGCUCCAGUUGAUAAACCCAAGGUGUCCCUUCAUGCUCGCCUGCAGUCCGGGCUCUGCAUCAGAAAGGGAGAGGAGAUCCGCCUGGAUGCUUACAUCUCUGGUUCUCCAUACCCAACUGUCACCUGGCUCAGGAACGAUGAAGACGUCAGGAAGGUACCAGAGAAGAAGACAGUUUUACCUGUUCUGAAGAAGAAGAAGAAGGGCGGCAAGGUUCAACCUGAAGAACCUGAGGUGUUUGUAAGCCCGCUCCCAGAGCGCCUGUCCUAUGACAUAAAGAAGGGCGAGACCUCAAUCAUGAUCCGAGACUCCAUCAGAGCUGACCACGGUCGCUUCUGCAUCAAAGCUGAGAACACUCAUGGCAGUGCAACUGCAUACUGUGAUGUCAAUGUCCUUGAUAAGCCAGGGCCUCCAGUAAACUUUGUCUUUGAGGAGAUCCGGAACACUUCUGUCAUCUGUAAGUUCGAUCCUCCUCUUGAUGAUGGUGGCAGUGAGAUCCUGAACUACAUCCUUGAGAAAAAAGACAAUAAAAACGAUGAGGUCGGGUGGGUCACGGUAAUUUCAACCCUCAAGACUUGCAGCCAUCUUGUGACCAAACUGAUUGAAGGAAAGGAGUACAUCUUCCGUGUUACCGCUGAAAACAAAGUAGGAUCCGGACCUUCAUGUCUCUCUGAGCCAAUCGUUGCAAAGAACCAAUUCGAUCCACCUGAUGCUCCAAACACACCCAGAGUUGGAGAUGUGACUGCCAACAGCAUGUUCAUCUCCUGGCAUGAGCCCAAGGACAACGGUAGUCCCAUCCUGGGCUACUGGAUAGAGAGGAAAGAGAUCAACAGCAAACACUGGACUAGGGUGAACCGUUCCCUGCUCAAUUCACUCUCUGUGAGGAUCGAGGGUCUUAUGGAAGGCUUGGAAUACAUCUUCAGAGUCUGUGCUGAGAAUCUGGCUGGCCCCGGACCCUUCUGUGUCCCGACGGAUCCACAGAUCGCUAUGGAUCCAGUCUUGCCACCUGGCCCACCCACUCCAAGAGUCCUUGACACCACUGCAACAACAGUUGAUAUUGCCUGGGUCCCCCCCAUUUACAAUGGAGGAGGAGAUAUCCUCGGCUACCAUGUUGAGAGUGUUCUGGCUGGAGAGAAGGAAUGGAAACGUAAUACCGAGUUCAGGUGCAAGGAGCUGAAGUACACCGUGACUGGGCUGACAGAGGGUGCUGACUACUACAUCCGUGUCCUUGCUGUGAACGACGCCGGCCCUGGAGUGCCUGGCAUGACUGAUCCUGUCACUGUGAAGGAGCCUCAAGAGGCCCCAGUGGUUGACUUUGAUGCUUCUGUAAAGAAUGGAGUCAUCAUCAAAGCCGGCGAGACACUGAGACUGCCGGCGUUCGCAAUCGGUAGACCACAGCCAGAGGUGACAUGGGCAAAGGAUGAGGCUGAAACUGACAAAGAGCAUGUUGUCAUUGAAACAGAAGGAAAGAACAGCAUUCUGUUCAUCAAGCAUGCCAAAAGAACAGACCACGGAAAUUACAAAAUCUCCGGAACUAACAGUAGUGGAACAAACUCUGCUGUCACCAAAGUAGACGUCAUGGAUGUCCCUGGGCCUGUGGUUAAUCUAAAGACAACUCAUGUCAGCAAGAAGAAAAUCAGCUUGAGCUGGGCAGAUCCUCUGGAUAAUGGUGGCAGCGAUGUUAUAGGCUACGUAGUGGAGAGAAAGGAUGCAAAGAUGAAGCUGUUCAGACAACCAGUUGAGACUGCUUCAUGCAAAUGUGACAUUCAGGGCUUGCUUACAGAUGAAGAGUACGAUUUCCGUGUUUUUGCGAGGAACAAGUUUGGUGAUGGUGCCCCAACCGACAUCGGGCCUAUUAUGGCUUCGGAUCCCAAAGCUGUUCCAUCUCCACCAUUGAAACUGCACUUCACUGAGAGGUGGACAAAUGCUAUUGCCCUUGCAUGGGAGCCACCACGUAGUGACGGAGGCAGCCCAAUCACAGGUUACUACGUUGAGAAGAUGAGAACAGAUGGAACUGAGUUUGAAGCGGCCCAUCGCAAGCUCUGCACAGACUUAAACCUCAAAUUGGAGAACUUAUCAGAGAACCAUGAAUAUCAGUUCCGUGUAUUUGCCAUCACUGAGGUGGGAGAGGGCGAACGCUCCAAACCUAUCACUGCUAACAUCCACGAUGAUGAAAUUCCCCCCAAAAUCUCGAUGUUGGAGUAUUUCAAGAGAGAUACGAUCACUGUGAGGAAAGGACAUAGUAUUGAGAUCCCCGCUGAAGUGGUGGGUCUGCCAAUGCCUGAGGUUCAGUGGUCAAAGGACGACGUCAUCAUCCCCAAGGCAACGGAAAAGCUGCUAAUGGAGUACGAGGAGGUGGCCCGCACCAAAUGCACCACAAAGAUCUACAUCCCUGAGACUGUCAGAGGAGAUAAGGGAGACUACAAACUGAGUGCCACCAACUCCCAUGGCAAAGCACAGCACAUUAUACACGUGCAGGUUCUAGACCGCCCAACGCCCCCACGCGACAUUGUGGUGUCUGACAUUCAGGCUGACUCUUGCUAUCUGACAUGGACAGCACCAGAGGACAAUGGUGGUAGUGAGAUCAGUAACUAUAUCAUCGAAAGGAGGGAUGCCAGCAGAAAGAAGUCUGAUUUUGAACAGCUCACCUGCAAUAUCAUAGAUAGGAGAUAUGGGGUGUACAAAAUGGACAGAAUGGGCCAGUACAAAUUCAGAAUCAAAGCUGAGAACAAGUUUGGAGUCAGUGAUGGUUGUGAAACAGAGAAGGUUGUCCUCAGGGAUCCAUUUGGGCUUCCUGGUCCACCUCGCAAGCCAAGAAUCAUCGCAGCCACCUCCUCUACCAUGACAGUUACCUGGGAGCCUCCUCUGGACAAUGGUGGCUCCUCCAUUAAAGGAUACUGGCUAGAGAAGAGGGAGCGAGGAGCUGGGAUCUGGGGUCGUGUGAACAGGGCUCCAGUUACCAAGCCUGCAGUGAGGGGUUUGGAAUACACUGUACUGCGCCUUAAUGAAGGGUCAGAGUAUCAGUUCAGAGUGAGCGCUCAGAACAGUGCCGGAGUCGGACCUCCCAGUGAGGCAUCUCCAUGUGCAUUUGCUGUUGAUCCACACAAUCCCCCUAGUGCACCAGGAAUACCAGAGGUUAAGGACAAGACAAAGUCCAGCGUCACUCUCACUUGGACCCCACCAGAGAAAGAUGGUGGCAGCCCAGUCAAGGGCUACAUCAUUGAAGUUCAGGACACAGACUCUCUGGAUUGGAAGAGAGUAAGUGACCCUGAGAAGCUGCACCCCACCACUGAGUUCACCGUCCCAGACCUGAAAGAAGGCCAGAAGAUUAGAUUCAGAGUCACUGCUGUCAACGCUGCUGGAAAAUCUGAACCGAGCGCACGUUCCGCAGACACCACUGUCCAGGACAUCUUAAUUGAACCAACUCUAAGUCUGGAGAUCAGCGCCCAUGAUCUGUUGACCUGCAGAGCUGGAACUACUAUUAAAAUCCCAGUUGUGGUCACUGGUCGUCCAACUCCUAAAGUUACAUGGGAGUUUAAGGAUGGAACAGCUGAGACUGAGAAGAAGAAUGACAUCCAUAUCCUUCCAAUUGAUUCUGAGGUCACAUCAACUGAUACAACAUCAGUCAUCACCAUCCCUAAUAGCUGCCUUAAACAUGUCGGACGUUACUUCGUCACGGCUGAAAACGCAGCCGGACACAAGAACAUGAAAAUCAGAGUCGCAGUCCUUGAUGUGCCCGGUCCACCCAAAGACUUCAAAGUCACAGACAUCACAAGAGGCACAUGUAGACUUACAUGGAAGGCUCCAGAUAGUGAUGGUGGUGAAAGGGUGAAGAGUUACUUCAUUGAGAAGAAGACUGUAGAGGGAAAAGCUUGGACCAAGUGCAACCCAGCAUGUGCCGCUCUGUCCUUAGUUGUUCCUGACCUUAUAGAGGGACAGAAUUACCUGUUCCGUAUCCGGGCAGAGAACCGCUUUGGAUUUGGACCAAUGGUUGAGACCACUGAAAGUUCAAAGGCCAGAGAUCCUAUCCAUCCUCCUGAUCCUCCCACAAGAGUGAAGAUUCAAGAAGUUACUAAGGGCACAGCUACCCUGACCUGGAAGCCACCCAGGAACGACGGUGGAGCUCCAGUGACACACUACACUGUUGAUCGUCUGUGCUGGGACACCAGUGGAUCACAGAAGCAGUCCUGGAGACAGUGCAACAGGCGUGAUAUUGAGAAACUCACCUUCAAGGUUGAGGACCUGACCGAAGGAGAAGAGUAUGAGUUCCGUGUUAAGGCCGUGAAUGAAGCCGGACCCAGCAGACCAUCAUCUACCGUUGGACCAGUCUUCAUCCAAGACCAGACGCGUGCUCCUGCUAUCGAUCUGGAUGAGUUCAUGGAGGUUGAACAAGGAACUGACAUCAGCAUCAAGGCUAAGAUCAGGGGCUGUCCAUUCCCCACUCUCACCUGGUUCAAGGCUCCACCCCACAAGGGUGAAAACAAGGUUGAGGUGGCGUACGAUGAGCACAUCAACAAGAUUGUGUCUGAUGAUAGCUGCAUACUGCUGAUCCAACAGGGCAAGCGCUCAGAUACCGGCCUCUACACCAUCACAGCCAGCAAUAGCCUAGGAAAGGCAUCCAAGGAGAUGAGACUCAAUGUCUUAGGGCGUCCCGGACCACCAUCUGGUCCUGUGAAAUUUGAGGAAGUUGAUGCUGAGAAGAUCACCCUGUCGUGGCUGCCACCAAAGGAUGAUGGUGGCUCCAAGGUGACCAACUAUGUCAUUGAGAGGCGCGUAGCCAACCGGAAAACUUGGAUACAUGUGACCAAUGAACCCAAGGAGCGUAUCUGGACAGUAGAAGGCCUGAUGGAGGGGCAUGAGUAUGUGUUCCGAAUUUGUGCUCAGAACAAAUACGGAGUUGGAGAGCCUCUGGACAGUGAACCCGAACAAGCCAGAAAACUCUUUUCUGUUCCUGGCCAAUGCGAGAAGCCAACCAUUUCAGCCGUGGACCAUGAGUCUAUGGUUCUCAACUGGGAGGAGCCAGACGAGGAUGGCGGUAGUCCAGUGACUGGCUAUUGGCUUGAGCGUAAAGAGACCACCUCAAAACGUUGGAACAGGGUGACACGCGACCCCAUCCGGGUCAUGCCCCUGGAGAUGUCCUAUAAAGUGACUGGACUUGUUGAAGGAUCACAGUACCUCUUCCGGGUCACAGCUAUCAACGCAGCAGGAUGCGGACCUCCCAGUGCUUGUACUGACCCUACAUUCGCCAGAGAUCCUAUCACCGUCCCUGGACCUCCAACACCAAAAGUUACAGACUGGACCAAGUCAUCAGUGGAUCUGGUCUGGAUCCCACCACUGAAGGAUGGUGGGUCGAAGAUAACGGGAUACAUUGUUGAAUACUUAGAGGAGGGAACAGACAAAUGGGUUAAAGCUAAAGACAAGGAGCAUAGGAGCCUGACGUUGGUCGUUACUGGGUUAAAGACCGGUGGAGUCUACAAGUUCAGAGUGAUAGCAUUGAAUGCUGCAGGCCCUAGCGAACCUGGUGAAGUCACAGAUGCUAUUAAGGUCGAAGACAGGACAAUUGCUCCUGAGGUGGACCUUGAUGCCACAGUGAAGGAGAGGAUGGUAGUCCAUGCAGGUGGUGUUAUCCGCAUUCUGGCCUUCGUGUCUGGCCAGCCUGCUCCAGUGAUCACAUGGAGCCGCGACAAUGCUGCUCUUCCCCAAGAGGGAGUAGUUGAGACCACUGCCAUUAGCUCAUCACUGGUCAUCAAGCACUGCACCAGGAAACACCAAGGAGUCUAUACUCUGACGGCUGCUAACGCUGGAGGAGAGAAGAAGAGGUCUAUCAUCGUUGAUGUCCUGGAUGUUCCUGGUCCCGUGGCAGUACCAUUCACCGCAGAGAAUCUGACCAGUGACUCCUGCAAGCUGUGCUGGUUCUUCCCUGAGGACGAUGGCGGUUCUGCCAUCACCAACUAUGUCAUUGAGAAGCGUGAGGCGGAGAAGAAGGCAUGGACAUCUCUGUCUUACACGGUCACCAGGCACUCGGCGGUUGCCCAUGGACUGCAGUGCGGAAAGGCCUAUUUCUUCAGAGUUGCGGCUGAGAACGCCAUCGGAGUCGGGCCCUUCGUUAACACGGUGUGCGAAAUCGUCAUCAAGGAUCUUAUCUCCGUUCCUGACCGCCCAGAGGAUCUUGAAGUCACAGCGGUCCAUAAAGACUACAUUAGCUUAACAUGGAAACCUCCUGUGUCUGACGGAGGGUCAGAGGUCACCAGGUACAUUCUAGAGGCCCGUUCAAUCGGCAAGGACAAGUUCACACGGCUGACAAAGGAGAAGCUGAUGGAGCGGCGAUACACUUACGACGGUCUGAAAGAGGGGGAUACCUAUGAGUUCAGAGUUAGCGCUGUGAAUGAAAUUGGGCAGGGCAAGCCAUCAUUCUCCACCAAACCAAUUACCUGCAAAGAUGAACUCGAGCCCCCAACCAUUGAGCUUGACUUCCGUGACAAGAUUAUCAUCCGUGCUGGGGAGAGUAUGGCUCUCCAUGGUCGCUACACCGGAAAGCCAUCUCCAUCUAUCACGUGGUACAGAGAAGACAAGGAGCUAAAGGCAGAUCAGCACAUUCAUUUCAAAAACACACUGACAACCAUGACCUUAGGCCUUAUGAAACUCAAGCGUGAGCACAGUGGCAGAUAUUGCGUGGUGGUUGAAAACAGCAGUGGCUCUCGAAAGGGAAUUUGCAAUCUUAAUGUUGUAGAUCGCCCUACACCUCCAGUAGGUCCAGUCAUAUUUAAUGAGGUUCACAGAGACUUUAUGGUGAUCUCUUGGAAACCUCCUCUUGACUCGGGCGGAGUUGACGUGUCCAACUAUGUAAUUGACCAGAGAGACGUCCAUAGUGACAUCUGGAAGACCGUAACAUCGGCUUCGACAAAGCUGACAUGUAAAAUUCCCAGGUUAACUGAGGGAAGAGAGUACAUCAUGAGAAUUUGUGCUGAGAACAUGUACGGCAUCAGUGAUCCUCUGGAAUCAGAGGAGAUGAGAGCCAAAGAUCUAUUCAGAGUUCCUGAAGCACCAGAGACACCCAUUGUAAGAGAGGUGUAUGCCGAAAACUGCCUUGUGCUUUGGAAUAGACCCCGUGAUGGCGGCAAGCCUAUCACUAACUACAUCUUGGAGAAGAAGGAGCCAAAUGCACAGAAAUGGUCUCGUGCCACCAGAGAACACCUCUACCCAGCUACUCAGUUCAGGGUGCUUGACCUUGUUGAAGGAUGUCAAUAUCAAUUCCGGGUUAUGGCAGAAAAUGAAAUUGGCACUGGUGACCCUAGUCCCCCAUCAAAUACAAUUCUUGCCAAAGAUCCAAUUGUCCCUCCCAGUCCUCCUGUACUACCAGAGGCAAUCGACAAGACAAAGGACUCCAUAAGCCUGAAAUGGCAGCCCCCUCGCCAUGAUGGCAAAGGCAAAAUCUUCGGCUACCUUGUUGAGUACAAAAGGGUUGGUGCAGUCGAAUGGUUGAAGGGCAAUGAGACUCCUGAAGAGUGUCCACAAUGCAACUACAUUCUAAAGGGUGUGGAAGACGGGACGGAGUACAGCAUCCGAGUGUUCACCGUGAAUGCUGCUGGAUGCUCUGAGCCUGCCCUUUGUAAGAAAACCGUCAAAGUGCAUGACAGAUUGGAGGAACCGGAAUUGCUGCUUGAUGGCAACAUGUCGCGUGAUCAUCUUGCGAUGAUCGGAACAAAUAUCACUCUCAGUGCAGUGAUAAAGGGCAUGCCACCUCCCUCUGUGGUAUGGCAGAAGGAAGGAAAAGAUGUUCCUGCAGAUCGUUGUGCCAUUGCAGCCACUGCCACUGGCAGCAAACUCGUGAUACUCAAAUGUGUCCGCCCCGACAGUGGCAACUACACGCUCACUAUUGAAAACGCAGCUGGAAAGAAGUCUGCUACAUGCGCAGUGCUCGUCUUAGAUAAACCCGGACCUCCUCGGGACUUGAAAAUCUCUGAGAUCACCAGUGAGUCAGCCUACCUGACCUGGAAGGCUCCCGAGGACAAUGGAGGGGCUGUUAUUUCUCAUUACAUUGUGGAGAAGAAAGACGUGGCAUCUGAGAAAUGGGUACCAGUGGCUGCAGCCAACAAAAAACCUAGUCUGAUGGCUAUGUACUUGGUGGAGGGCACCCAGUAUCUGUUCCGUAUUGCUGCUGAGAACCAAUUUGGCAGAAGUGCCUACAUCGUGACUAAGACACCUAUUAAGGCUGUUGAUCCACUCUAUCCACCUGGUCCACCAAAGAAUCUGCAUCACGUCGACGCAGACAAGACUGAAGUCUGGCUCCAGUGGGAUUGGCCAGACCGUGACGGAGGAAGUGAGAUUACUGGAUUCAUUGUUGAGCACCAGGAAGGAGAGGGCAAAGACUGGGUCACCUUCAAGACUGUCAAUAAUCCUCAUUGCCAUGUCACUGGACUGGAGGAAGGAAAGACAUACCGCUUCCGUGUGAAGUCCCAGAAUGCUGUUGGUGUGAGCCGUCCUGACACUAGUGUUCCUGUAACCUGCCAGGAGAAACUCUUGCCACCAACUAUUUCAGUUGAUGUGAAGCUUAUUGAAGGUCUUAUUGUCAAGGCUGGAAGCACUUUUGUACUUCCAGCAGUCAUGACAGGAAUUCCCACUCCCACAGCCAAGUGGGUGAGUGACGGAAAGGAACUGGUGACAGAGGGCAAUGUCAAGAUCGACACUGAAGGCAUGAAUACAUCUCUCACCCUCACUGGGUGCGUCAGAGGUGACACAGGAGAGUAUCUCCUUACCGUGGCAAACCCUGCUGGAAGCAAGACUGUUGCUCUACACGUCACGGUGAUUGAUGUACCAGGUGCCCCAGUUGGCCCUAUCAACAUCCUUGAAGUUACCCCUGACCACAUGGUCAUCAACUGGAGACCGCCUAAAGAUGAUGGUGGCACUCCUGUGACAUGCUACAUUGUUGAGAGGAAGGAUACCAAAAAGGCCUGGGAACCAUGGACAGUUGUCUGUUCAGGAUGCACUGUUACAAAUGCUAAGAUUUCUCGAUUGGAAAAAGGUCGUGAAUAUGUUAUACGUGUUCGAGCAGAAAACAAGGUGGGCAUUGGUGCUGGACUUGAGAGUUCUCCUACAAUUGCCAAACAUUUGUUUGAUCCGCCUGGCCCACCAGGGCAGCCAAUCUGCUCUGAUAUCACAGAAAACGCUGUGACCUUAGAAUGGACUCUGCCCGACUACGACGGUGGCAGUCCAGUCACUGGCUAUGUAGUAGAGCGCCGGGAAAUGACAGGGAAAUGGAUUCGUGUCAACAAGACACCUGUAUUGGAUCUCAGAUACAGAGCAUCAGGUCUGUUCGAAAACAACACCUACGAGUUUAGGGUCUUUGCUGAGAACGUUGCCGGAGUAAGUGAGCCAUCUCUUCAGUCAGACCCAGUAAAAUGCACCCGUGCUAUUAGUAGGCCAGGGCCCCCAUUAAACCCUAAACUGAGGGACUGGAGCAAGUCAUAUGCAGACUUGGUGUGGACCAAGCCAACUAGAGAUGGAGGAAGCCCCAUCAUAGGUUAUAUUAUUGAAUGUAAGAAGUCAACCACUGGCAAAUGGGAAAAGAUUCAUAAGGAUCCCAUCCCGAUGUGCGCAUUCAGAGCAAUGGGACUCACUGAGGGCAUGGAAUACAGGUUCCGCAUUAGUGCUUCCAAUAUUAUUGGCGAUGGCAAGCCUACAGAGCUCCCAGAAACAGUCCUUGCUAAAGACAUUCUUGUUCCCCCAGAGCUGACAGUUGAUGUUGCUUGUCGUGACCUUCUUACAGUCAGGGCAGGACAGAGUAUAAACCUUGUAGCUAGAGUUAAAGGUAGACCAGAUCCUGAUAUCACUUGGUCUAAGGAUGCCAGAAUUCUAGGCAAUGACAAGCGUAUGGAGAUGAACAACAACUACCCACUGGUGGAGCUUGUGAUUUCAGAUGCAGUAAGGCAAGACUACGGCAAGUAUGCUAUACUUGCCAAAAAUAGCAGUGGUCAAGCACAGGCUACUAUUAUUGUGAAUGUGCUUGACACUCCAGGAGUCUGUCAGAAUCUGAAGACCACUUAUGUAACUAAAGAUUCUUGCAUGGUUUCCUGGGAGAACCCAGAGGAUAAUGGGGGCACUGAAAUAACACAGUUCAUUAUUGAGUGCCGUCAACCUAGUCAAAGGACAUGGACAUUGAUAUCAAAUGAUUGCACCAAACGCCUUAUUAAGGCACCACUGCAAGAGGGUUGUGAAUACUUCUUCCGUGUGAGUGCCGAGAACAAAAUUGGUGCUGGACCCUCAACAGAGACUAAAACUGCCAUCCUAGCGGUAGAUCCCAUUGAGAAGCCUGGUGAACCCAUUGACUUCAUAAUAUCUGAGAUCGGCAAGACAUUUGUCUUCCUGAAAUGGAAGAAGCCAGACUAUGAUGGUGGCAGCCGUAACCUGGGCUAUCAUGUUGAAAGGAAACCUAAAGUGGCAGAGGAAUGGGAGAGAUUGCACAAGGGUGCAAUUAAAGAAACCUACUUCAUGGCGGACAAGUGCAUAGAAAAGGAAAUUUAUCAGUUCAGGGUACAGACCAAGAAUGAGGGAGGUGAGAGCAACUGGGUGACAACCGCAGAGGUGGAGGUUAAAGAGCAGUUAGUGGUGCCAGAGAUCAAGUUGAAGUUGCAGGGGACUCUGGUGGUUAACGCUGGUGACUCCAUCCGAAUUGAAGCUGAUGUCAAGGGAAAACCAGUGCCUGAAGUCAAGUGGUCGAAGGAAAAUGACACAGGGGACGUAACCAAGAGCUCAAGGCUCCAGAUAGAAGCCGGUGUAGAGUUCUCUAAAUUUGUGUUGACAAAUUCAAGGCGUGGAGAUACCGGAAAAUAUCAAAUCACUGCUACUAAUAGUGCUGGGACAGCCACGGGAUUGGCAAAUGUGUGUGUCCUUGAUAGACCUGGUCCUGUCAGCAACCUGGUUGUAGAUGGUGUUACGGUGGAUAGAUGCAUGUUGACAUGGAACAUUCCAGAAGAUGAUGGCGGAUGUGACAUUUAUAAUUACAUCAUUGAGAAGUGUGAGAAGAAGAGAAUGGUGUGGUCCAUACAUUCUUCAGCUGUGAUCACCAACUCUGCUAAAGUAACCCGCCUUAUAGAAGGAAAUGAAUACAUAUUUAGAGUUCGUGCAGAAAACAAGAUGGGGGCAGGUCCAGCAGUCGAGAGUGCCUCUAUUGUGGCAAGGACCGAAUUUAGUAAACCAGGAAUUCCAGAAGCACCAGAAAUUACAAAGAUCUCCAAGGGAGAGAUGACCGUAACAUGGAGCCCUCCUGAGUAUAACGGUGGAAAGGAAAUCUCUGGUUACAUUCUGGAGAAGAAGGAAGCGUAUGCUGUCCGAUGGUCUCCUUGCACCAAGCAUUCCAUUGAUUCAACUCAACUGACUGUAACUGGUUUGCACCGUGACCAUGAAUAUCAGUUCCGUGUCAGGGCUGAGAAUGAAAUCGGAAUUGGUGAACCGAGCAAACCGUCAAGAUCCCUCACUGCCAGGGACUCUCUUGAGGUCCCAGCUGCUCCAACAAAUCUGAAAGUUGCUGACAGUACAAGGACCUCAGUUACACUGAACUGGACCAAGCCUGUUUCUGAUGGUGGAGCUCCUAUUAUUGGCUAUGUGGUAGAAAUGAGGAUUAAGGGCAGCAAGGAUGCCUGGAAGAGGUGUAAUGUAGCAGCCCAGCUGGUUGUAUGUGAAUUCACAGUCUCAAGUCUGGAUGAUCAUGAAUUUUAUGAGUUCCGUGUUUCUGCCCAAAAUCAAUGUGGUAUGAGCUUACCAGCGGAUCUUGCAAUGCCUGUGCAACCCAAGGAUAUCCUUGAGGCACCUGAAAUUAACUUGGAUGCCAGUCUGAAGGAGGGCCUGACCGUGAGGGCUGGAUGUCCCAUCCGACUGGUGGCCACAAUCAGAGGAAGGCCAGCACCCAAAGUCACUUGGAGAAGAAUGGGAAUAGAUAACGUUGUCAGAAAGGGACAUGUGGAUAUCAUUGACACAAUGACCUUCCUGGUUAUCCCUGAUAGUACACGUGACGAUACAGGCAAAUACUCCCUCACCCUGCACAGCCCAGCUGGGGAGAAGGCAGUGUUUGUCAAUGUCAAAGUAAUGGACACCCCAGGGCCUGUAGUGGGUCUGGAAGCCACAGAUAUCAAAUAUACAUCUGCAAAGCUGUCAUGGUCACCCCCUGAAAUGGAUGGUGGCAGUGCAGUCACUCAUUAUAUUAUUGAGAAGCGUGAAAUCGACCGCAAGACCUGGGGAGCAGUGGCAAACAAUGUCAAGGAGACUGAAAUGACAGUCAAACAACUUGUUUCAGGCACAGAGUAUUACUUCAGAGUCAUAGCUGUGAAUGAAUAUGGUCCUGGAGUUCCAAAAGCCACACCAAAGUCCUACAUAGCAACUGAUCCUGUCAGCAAACCUGAACCAUGUCCGAAAAUUGAUGUACUGGAAAUUACGAAGAAUAGUGCACUUCUGGGAUGGCUGAAACCAUUAAGUGAUGGGGGAGCUAAGAUAGAUGGUUAUAUAAUUGAAUACCUGAAGCUGAUCCCACCAAAACCAAAACCAGUUGAAUUGGUGGAACCAGUAACAGGAGAAGAAGGUGUUUCCCCUCCAGAACCUGCACCAGCACCUGUGGUUGUGGAGAAACCAGAGGAAGAUAAGCCCGAACCAGAGUGGAUGGCAUACACAACUGUUAAAGAUUUAACACUUUCUGUUAGUGGACUCAAAGAGGGUAUGAAGUACAAAUUCCGGGUGGCAGCAAGAAAUAUAAUGGGUCGCAGUUCGUACACCGAAACUAAGGACGCUUACGAAAUUAAGGAACAGAUGUUGGAACCCAAGAUUGUGAUGCCAGAGUCUGUCUCUGCCAAAGCAGGAGCUAAACUUAGGGUGGAAGCUCUUGUGUCUGGAAAGCCAUCGCCAACAUGUAAAUGGAUGCGUGGAGAGGACAAGGUUGUUUCCUCUAGUCGUCUUGCUGUGCACAAAUCUGCAAACAUGUGUGUGCUCAUCAUCAAAGACGUCUCAAGAACUGACAGUGGCUUAUACAGCCUGGUUGCUGAGAACAGCUGUGCUAAAGUAGAUCAGCAUAUUAAAAUCAUCAUCAGAGAUAUCCCUGGAGCGCCUGAGCCUCCAUUUGAGAUCAGUGACAUUGACGCUGAUGCCUGCACGCUGUCAUGGAAAGCACCAACUGAAGAUGGAGGAAGCCCUAUUACAAACUAUGUAGUUGAGAAGUGUGAUGUGAGCAGAGGUGACUGGGUCAACGCUGUGUCGUCCUGUGGCAAGGCCGGCUGUAGACUGGGAAAGCUUAUCCCUGGAAAGGAAUACAUCUUCCGUGUCCGCGCUGAGAACCGCUAUGGAAUCUCAGACCCCCUAACAUCUGACAGGAUGAUUGCCAAAUUCCCAUUCGAUGUUCCCAGUGAGCCUUUGAACUGCCACAUCACCAAGGUCAACAAGGACUGUAUGUUCUUGGCCUGGGACAAACCUGAGAGGGAUGGUGGUAGCCCUAUUACUGGCUACUACAUUGAACGCAAAGAGAGGAACAGCCUCCUUUGGGUCAAGGCAAAUGACUCAGUUGUGAGAUCCACUGAAUAUCCCUGUGCAGGUCUUAUUGAGGGCUUAGAAUACAACUUCAGAGUAUCUGCCAUCAAUCGUGCUGGACAGAGUAAGCCAAGCAAGAAGUCUGACUUUGUCACAGCUAGGACACCAGUUGACGCACCAGGUAAACCAGAGGUUCUUGAUGUUACCAAGAACACAGUCCACUUAAUAUGGACCAAACCAAAGAACGACGGUGGAAGCAAGAUCAUCGGAUAUUAUGUUGAAGCCCUGAAGCUCCCUGGAGACACAUGGCUUCGUUGCAACACCAGCAGUCAGAAUGUACCCAGAGAAGAGUACACUGUAACAGGGCUGGAAGAAGAUAUGCAGUAUCAGUUCAGAGUCAUCGCGAAGACCGCUGUCAACAUAAGCCGGCCAUCAGAAAUCACAGAACCAGUCCUGGUCUCUGCAGAGAAGGUUCCACCAAGGAUAGAAUUAGGAAUCCCGAUGAAGAGGCUGAAGCCAGUGAAAGCAAGGGCAAAUGUACUCCUGGAGGCGGAGGUGUUUGGAAAACCUAUGCCUAAGGUCACAUGGAAGAGGGGAGAGGAAGUGUUGAAAGCUUCUGAGACUUUGAAGAUGUCUCAGUUGAGGCAUCUCUUCAGCAUAGAGCUCCUUGGAGUAACCAAGGAACAGACGGGAACAUACACUAUUUUGGCAGAAAAUGCAAGUGGAUCCAAAACGGAAGAAAUUAAUCUGAAGGUUUUCGAUGUUCCCGGUCCACCAGCCUCUGUCAAGUUUGGCGACGUGUUUGCCAACAGUGUACAGAUCAGUUGGGAAGCUCCUCUGGCUGAUGGAGGCUCAGACAUCACAAAUUACAUAGUUGACAAACGUGAGACGAGCAGAGCUGAAUGGGCUCAGGUAGCAGCCAAUAUCCAGGGUAAUGUGUUUGAACACAUCACCAAGAAACUGAUCGAGGGACAAGAGUACCAGUUCCGCGUCCGUGCAGUGAACAGAUUUGGGGUUGGAGAUGCUAUCUUGACGAAUCCUGUUGUUGCCAGGAAUCCAUUCACUGUCCCUGGAGCAUGUGAGGCACCAAUCAUCACAAACAUCACCAAAGACCACAUGACUGUUAGUUGGAAGGAACCAGCUAAUGAUGGCAAGUCAACCAUCCUCGGUUACAUGGUGGAGAAGAAGGAAAGUAAGGAUAUCACCUGGACUAAAGCGAACAGAAAACCCAUUACAGAGAGAACCUUGGAAGUUGCUGGUCUGUCAGAGGGAGCAGAAUAUGAAUUCAGAGUAACUGCCCUGAAUGCAGCUGGCCUUGGCAAACCCAGUGAUCCAUCCACUGCUGCUUUAGCACAUGAUCCUAUUCAUCCUCCUGGCCCACCUGUGAACCCAAUGGUGACUGACGUCAGCAACUGCACAAUCAGCCUGUCCUGGACUAAACCAGCCAAUGAUGGUGGGAGUGAAAUCCUGGGAUACCUUGUUGAAUGCAAGAGAACCGACGCAACAGACUGGAUCAGAUGCAAUGUGCCCAAGAACCUCCAAGACACAUUCUAUGUUGUUCAGAACCUUAUUUAUAAAUCAGAAUAUCAGCUGCGUGUGUCUGCAGUGAACAAAGUGGGCUUCAGUGAAACAUGCGAAGUGCCUGGAAAACAUGUUGCAAAGGAUAUUUUAGUUCAUCCUGAGGCAGAACUAAGUGCUGAGCUGAAGGAUGUUCUGGAGCUUCGUGCUGGAGCAAAAAUGAAACUUUAUGCCACAAUAAAGGGUCGCCCCACCCCCAAGGUGAUUUGGGCUAAAAUGAACACCAACAUCAAGGAGAGACAGGGCAUCAUCAUCAAGACCACCGAUACCGACACCAUGGUUUUAGUCGAGAGUUGCAACAGAUAUGAUGCGGGCAAAUAUAUCCUGACUCUUGAAAGUGCCGGUGGAAUGAAGAUGUAUACAAUUGUUGUCAAGGUUUAUGAUACCCCUGGACCACCAGUCAAUCUUAUUGUCAAGGAAACAACUAAGGAUAGUGCCAAGAUCAUUUGGGAUACUCCUCUUAUCACUGGGGGUAGUGAAGUAACAGGUUUCAUUAUUGAAAAGCGUGAUGCAGAGAGAAAAGCUUGGUCUUUAGUUAAAGAUAAAUAUGACAAAACCUCUAUCGUGAUCCCUGAUUUGGAGGCUGGUAGAUCUUACUGUUUCAGAGUCAUGGCUGUGAAUGAAUAUGGCAUUGGAGAGGUGUGUGAAACGACAGAUUCAGUUAGAGCUUCCGAGGAACCCAGUCCAGUCAAGGACUUCAAGCCCGUGUUAGUCACCAAGGAUGGAUGCACUCUUGGAUGGAAAAGACCUCUCAGUGAUGGCGGUAGCCGCAUCAUCGCGUAUGUGCUCGAGGUUAUGAAUGGAGAUGACCAUUGGAAGGAGCUUAUGAGUUCCAAGAAUAUGCAGUACAGUGCCAAGGAUUUGGUGGAAGGAAAAGAAUAUAAAUACAGAGUCAAAGCAGUCAAUGACUCUGGUGACAGUCCAUACAAAGAGCUGACUGUGGUGGCUAAAGACCAGAUCAUUCAACCUGGAGUUGACCUGCGGGGCCUUCCCAAUCUGUGUUACAUUGCAAAGGAAGGAAGUAUUGUCCGCAUUAAGCUCCCAAUUUAUGGCAAACCUACUCCCAAAUGCUCCUGGAAGAAGGGUGAGGAUGAGAAUUUGACAGAUACUGGAAGAGUUUGCGCAGAAUCCACAGCUGUCAGCACAACCCUCCUUAUCCGUGACUGCCAGAGGAGUGAUGCCUCCAAGUAUACCAUCACACUGAAAAACAGUUCUGGAUUCAAGGAGUCCACUAUCUUUGUUAGAGUGGUUGGAAAACCAGGAAUGCCGGUUGCUCCAAUAAAGUUUAAGGAUGUCACUGCUGAUGGGUGUACACUGAGAUGGACUGCACCUAAGGAUGAUGGUGGAUCAGAGAUAACCAACUAUACUCUUGAGAAAAAGGAUUCCGUAACUAACAUGUGGGUUAGCAUUGCCACUGAUAUUGAAGCAGUUUCCAAUAUUACUACAUUCAGAGUAACAGGUCUUCACGAGGACACAGAAUAUGUCUUCAGAGUCUGUGCACAGAACAAGUAUGGUAUUAGUGAAGGACUCAAAUCGGAGCCAAUUGUUGCCAAGCAUCCAUUCAAUGUACCUGAUGCACCACCUGCACCUGUUAUCAUAAGUAUGCGCCAUGAUUCAUCAUUAUUGGCCUGGUCUGACCCAAGAAAGACUGGAGGCUCUCCAAUUACUGGUUACCGUGUUGAAUUCAAGGAAAAGAACAGCAUGCUGUGGAAGAGGUCAGGAGGAGUCAUUAAGAUGAAGGAACACAAGGUCACUGGCUUAACUGAGGGUCUAGAAUAUGAAUUCAGAGUUAUGGCCACAAAUCUGGCAGGUGUGGGCAGAGCAAGUCCUCCAACUGAAGCACAUGUUGCAUUGGAUCCAAUUGAUGCCCCUGGUAAACCUGAUGUGAUCAGUAUCACAAGAAGUACUGUAACACUUCAGUGGACUGAGCCCAAGUUUGAUGGUGGACAUAGACUGACUGGCUAUAUUAUUGAAAAACGAGAUUUACCUUCCAAGAUCUGGCAAAAGGCUAACAGUGUCAAUGUUGUGGACACAGCAUACACUGUGAAAGAUCUGCAGGAGGGUUGUAAGUUUGAGUUUAGAAUCAGGGCAAAGAAUUCUGCUGGAGCACUGAGCCCUCCUUCUGAACAAACAGAUACACUUGUGUGCAAAGAUGAAUAUGAGGCACCAACCAUCAUUAUUGAUUCCACUGUUAAAGAAGGACUCACAGUCAGAGCGGGUGACCAUAUCGUCAUAACAGCAACAAGCAUUCUAGGCAAACCACCGCCAACAUCAAUGUGGUCUAAGGGUGGGAAAUACUUCAAGCCUUCAGAUAUCUGCCAGAUUGAGUCUUCUGCAACGUCCUCGACACUGACUGUCAAAUAUGCUAGCCGAUUGGAUUCGGGAGAUUACACAAUUACAGCCAACAAUCCGUUUGGUGUCUCAGAAGAGACUGUGAAAGUGAAGGUUAUGGAUGUGCCUGCAGCUCCAGGUCCUGUUGAGGUCAGUGGAGUUUCAUCUGAGAAGGUUACACUAACCUGGACACCACCGACUGAAGAUGGUGGAUCUCCAGUUAAAUAUUAUACCCUGGAGAAGAGAGAAACAAGUCGUCUCCUUUGGACCAUUCUUUCAGAAAAAGUACUUGACUGUCACUAUGUUGCCAAGAAUCUAAUUCAGGGAAAUGAAUACAUCUUCCGUGUGAAGGCAGUUAAUCAAUAUGGUCCUGGAGACGCUGCAGUUUCUGGGCCAGCUAAGAUGGUGGACCAAUUUGGUCCUCCUGGUCCGCCAUCAAAACCUGAGAUUGAAGAAAUUGGAGGCAACUAUGUCAAAAUCAAUUGGAAAAGACCUGUUGAUGAUGGUGGUACCAACAUCACAGGCUACAUGGUUGAAAAGAAAGAAAGAAAGGGAAUGAGAUGGGUUAGGGCAGCGAAGAAGUCAAUUGCUGAACUCUCAUAUCAAGUAACCGGACUCACAGAGAAAGUUGAAUAUGAAUUCAGAGUGGUUGCAGAAAAUAAAGCAGGCUUCGGAGAGCCAAGUGAACCAUCAGCACAUGUUACAACCAAAACUGUAAAAUAUGCACCUGGACCUCCAAUCAACCCAAGAAUUACAGAUACAACAAAAUCGUCUGCAACAUUCUUGUGGGGAAAACCACUUGAAGAUGGCGGACUUGAAAUCACAGGGUACUUUGUUGAACAUAAAAAAGAUGGAGAAGAGGAAUGGUUCAAGGACACGCCAACUGCUCCACUGAGAAUUACAGAAUUUGUUGUUCCUAACUUGGAAGUGGGAGCAAAAUACCACUUCAGAGUCUGUGCAAUGAAUGCAGAGGCAGUUGGUGAACCAGCUCAAACUGAAGAACUGGUUGAAAUUAUUGAACGUGAAGAAAAGCCAGACCUUGAACUGGAUGUUGAACUGAGAAGAACUCUUGUUGUUAGGGCAGGAUGUUCCAUCCGCAUAUUUGUUCCCAUUAAAGGACGCCCAGCUCCUAGUGUAGCCUGGACAAAGGAUGAAGAUGCACCUCUGAAAGUGCGUGCUAACAUUGAUAGCACAGAGUCAUAUACUAUGCUUGUCAUCCCUGACUGCAAAAGAUAUGAUGCAGGAAGAUACAACUUAACCCUUAAAAAUGCUGCAGGAGAGAAGACCGCUCAUGUCAAUGUAAGAGUCCUGGAUUCACCUGGACCACCAAUUAACCUGAAGCCAAAGCACAUUGACAAAGAGAGCAUCACUCUUCAGUGGGAACCACCGCUCAUUGAUGGUGGCUCAAAGAUAACGAACUAUAUAAUUGAAAAGAGAGAGUCCACACGUAAAGCAUAUUCCACCAUUAUAUCAGUAUGUCCAAAUAGCACAGCGAGAAUUCCUGAUCUAGCAGAAGGAUCUGAAUAUUACUUCAGAGUAUCAGCUGAAAAUGAGUAUGGAAUUGGUGAGUCGGUUGAGACUACAGACCCAAUUCGAGCAUCUCAAGCACCAUCUCCCCCUCAGAGUGUCUAUGCCACAGAUGUCACCAAGAACUCUGUAAGUCUUGCAUGGACAAAGCCGAAACAUGAUGGUGGCAGUAGAGUUAGUGGAUAUGUCCUUGAAGCUAGAAAGAAGGGAGGAGACCAGUGGUCCCAUGUAACAACUGUUAAGACUAUGGACUUUAUAGUGAAGAACCUGAAUGAAUAUGAGGAGUAUGUAUUCCGUGUCAUGGCUGUGAAUCAAUCUGGUAGAAGUGGUCCCUGUGAAAGCAAGCCUGUUACUAUCAAGGAAACAACAACAAUGCCAGAAUUUGACCUGCGUGGAAUAUGUCAGAAGAUUGUCAUUGUCAGGGCAGGAGAUGAUAUUAAAGUUGAGAUUCCAGUAAUGGGCCGUCCAAGACCGACUGUUUCAUGGACAAAAGAUGGCCAGCACCUCAAGAUUACUCCGAGAAUAAUUACUGAAAGUACUGCAACCACAUGCCUCCUGAAUAUUACAGAAUGCGUAAGGAGCGACAGUGGUCAUUAUGCAAUGACAGGGAAGAACAUAGUUGGCUCAGUGACAGAUAGUAUAAUCGUUAAAGUGCAUGAUGUCCCUGGACCACCAAAAGGACCAAUAAAAAUAGAGGAAAUCUCUCGUACUCAUGCUGUCAUUUCUUGGGGAACACCUGAGAAUGAUGGAGGUGUACCAAUCAAUAAUUACAUUGUUGAUUUAAGGGAAACCACAGGAACCUCAUGGGUAGAAUUAACAUCAUCAGCAAUCCGUACAAUAUUCAAAGCCACUCGUCUGAAGACUGGUACAGAAUACCAGUUCCGAGUCAAAGCUAAGAACCGAUAUGGUGCUGGCCAGGCAAUCAUCUCAGAAGCAGUGGUUGCUGCAUAUCCUUUUAAACCCCCUGGGCCACCUGGUACUCCAAAGGUUGUAGCCUUUACCAAAGACACAAUGACAAUUGGCUGGAAUGAACCCGUUUCUGAUGGUGGAAAUGAAGUAAUUGGAUACCACAUUGAGAGGAAAGAGAGAAGCAGCAUCCUCUGGCAAAAGAUAAGCAAAUCCAUUGUGAAAGAUAAUCAAUUCAAAUCAAAUGGAUUAGAAGAUGGAGUCGCAUAUGAAUUCCGUGUCUCUGCAGAAAAUCUGGCUGGAAUUGGUAAACCAAGCAAGGCUUCAGAGGCAAUGCUAGCCCUUGAUCCAGUGGACCCACCAGGUCAGCCAAAACCAAUCUAUGUUUCCAAGAAUAUAGUGACAAUUCAGUGGACAAAGCCUGAAUAUGAUGGUGGAUUCAAGAUUACUGGCUACAUAGUAGAGAAGAGAGACUUACCAUCAGGUCGCUGGAUGAGAGCUAACUUCACAAACAUUAUUGAGACCACUUUCACUGUAAGUGGAUUAACACAGAAUGAGGCCUAUGAAUUCCGUGUUCUUGCUAAAAAUGCAGCUGGUUCAAUAAGUGAACCAUCCGAGCCGUCUGAUCCCAUCACCUGCACAGAUGACAUUGUGGAACCACGAAUCAUGGUUGAUGCCAAAUUCAAGGAUGUGAUCUUACUGAAAGCUGGGGAAACCUUCAAACUUGAUGCAGAUGUGGCAGGCCAACCACUACCAUCUAUGGUGUGGACUAAGGAUGGAAAGGAUGUUGAAAAUACAAUGAAACUAUCAAUUAAAAUGACAGAUUUAACAUCAACUCUGAUUAACAAAGACUCACUAAGAAGAGAUGGAGGUGAAUUUGUCCUGACAGCCACAAAUGUUGGAGGGUUUGCCAAGCAUAUCUUCAAUGUCAAAGUACUUGACCGGCCAGGUCCACCUGGAGGACCUAUUGUGGUGUCAAAUAUUACAUCUGACAACUGUGUCUUGGAAUGGACUCCUCCUGCAGAUGAUGGUGGUGCAGAUGUUGACCAUUAUGUAAUUGAAAAGCGUGAAUCAAGCAGACUUGCAUGGACAAAUGUGGCAUCAGGCUUCACUGGCACCCAAAUCAAGGUUGACAAGUUACUCAAAGGAAAUGAGUACAUUUUCAGAGUAAUGGCUGUCAACAAGUAUGGAGUUGGAGAGCCGCUUGAAUCUGUACCAACUAUUGCAAACAACCCAUGGGUGCCAGCAGAUCCUCCAAGAGAUCCUGAAGUAACAAUAAUCACCAAGGAUUCAAUGAUUCUUAUGUGGAAGGCUCCUGAGUGUGAUGGUGGAACUCCAAUUACAAACUAUAAUAUUGAAAGGAAAGACAAAAUUGGUCUUCGUUGGGUAAAAUGCAACAAAAAGAAAGUAACAGACUUGCAGUUUAAGGUGACAGGGCUCCUAGUAACACAUGAGUAUGAAUUUAGAGUUAUUGCAGAGAAUGCAGCUGGAUUAAGUUUACCUAGCAACUCAAGUCCUUUCUACAAGGCUACUGAUACUCUCUACCAACCAGGCCCUCCAGGCAACCCAAGAGUCUUAGACACAACUAAGUCGUCCAUUACGAUUGCAUGGAACAAGCCAAACUAUGAUGGUGGUUCUGAAAUCAUAGGAUACAUUGUGGAGACCUGUGUUCCUGGGGAGGAGGAAUGGACAAUUGUUACUAAACCAGGUGGAAUAAUGGCUACAUCAUUUACCCUUACCAAUUUAAAGGAGGGCCAAGAGUACAACAUUCAAAUAUCUGCUGUAAACAGUGAGGGCAUUGGAGAGGAAGCAACUGUUCCUGGCUCACCAAAAGCUGAAGACAGGCUGCUUCCACCAGAAUGUGACCUGGAUGCAGAACUAAAGAAGGUUGUAAAUAUCAGAGCCUGUAACACAUUAAGACUAUUUGUACCUAUCAGAGGAAGACCUUCACCUGUUGCAAAAUGGACCAAAGAAGAUGGUGAACCUAUUACAAGAGCAACCAUUGAAAGCACGACAUCUUACACAUCACUGGUAAUAGGAAAUGUCAACCGAUUUGAUAGUGGGAAGUAUGUGCUCACAAUAGAAAACAGUUCAGGAUCAAACACUGCUACUGUAAAUGUUAGAGUGCUAGAUACCCCAGCUGCCCCACAAAAUCUUAAGAUCAACAAUGUCACUAAAGAAUCUGUCACUCUUAUCUGGGACCCGCCAGUAAAUGAUGGUGGCGUAAAGAUUAAGAACUACAUUGUUGAAAAGCGUGAAUCAACAAGGAAAGCAUAUGCUACCGUCAAUUCUAACUGUCAUAAGAACACAUGGACCAUUGACCAACUACAAGAAGGAUGUAACUACUACUUCAGAGUUUUAGCCGAAAAUGAAUAUGGAAUUGGUCUGCCAAUUGAAACCCGUGAAUCAGUUAAAGUUUCUGAAAAACCACAGCCUCCUGCCAAAGUUACCCUUGUGGAUGUUACCAAGACAAGUGCCACCCUGUCUUGGGAGAAACCAGAGCAUGAUGGAGGAAGUAGAGUGGUAUGCUAUGUUGUUGAGAUGCGAAGCAAAGGUGCAGAGAAAUGGGUCCAAUCUUCUAUUGUGAAAACAUUAGAAGCAGUUGUCUCUGGACUGACACCAGGUGGAGAGUACAUGUUCCGCAUAUCAGCAAGAAAUGAAAAAGGAACAAGUGAUCCACGUCAAAUUGGAGUGCCAGUAAUUGCAAAGGAUCUUGUGAUUGCACCAUCUGCUAAAAUGUUGUUCAACACAUUUAGUGUAUUAGCAGGAGAAGAUUUGACAGUACAGAUUCCAUUUAUUGCUCGUCCCCGAGCAAAUAUUUCAUUCAUAAAGGACAAUCUUCCAUUGAAGUGUACCACCAGAGUUAGCUUUGGAGGAUCAGACAAACUGAUAAAUCUUAAAAUCAAUGAGUCCUGCAGAGAAGAUGUUGGUCAGUACCAAAUCAUACUUGCAAACACUGCUGGGGAAACAUCUUUACACAUCUCAGUAGUUGUUCUUGAUAAACCUGGACAACCAAAAGGCCCAAUUAAAGUUGAGGCUGUUACUACUGACAGCGUGCUUUUUUCAUGGUCUCCACCUGAGUAUGAUGGCGGUGCCACAAUCAACAGCUACAUUGUAGAAAAGAGAGAUACAUCCACACAAAAUUGGUUGGUCGUGUCUUCAAAUCAUGCAAGAACAACGAUUAAAGCUUCAAGGCUGAAAACAGGUUCAGAGUAUCAGUUCAGGGUUACCGCUCAGAACAGGUAUGGAAAGGGCCCAUCUCUGAAUUCAGAAUCUGUUAUUGCUCAGUAUCCAUUCAAAGUUCCCGGCCCUCCUGGAACACCAUCUGUACAAUCAUCCACAAAGGAUAGCAUGGUAGUCAUUUGGAAUGAGCCUGUUAAUGAUGGUGGAAGUGCUGUGCUGGGAUAUCAUCUUGAGCGCAAAGACAGAAACAGUAUUCUCUGGGUAAAGCUCAACAAGUCUCUUAUCCAAGAUACAUGUUACAAGACCACUGGACUGGAACCAGGUCAGGAAUAUGAAUUCAGAGUAUAUGCUGAAAACAUUGUUGGAAUAGGAAAAGUUAGCAAACUCUCUGAAGGUCAUGUUGCAAGAGAUCCCUGCGAUCCCCCUGGAGACCCUGUAGCUACAAAGAUAACCAAGGAUUCUGUAACAAUUGCAUGGACAAAACCAGAGUAUGACGGUGGAGCCAGCGUUACUGGCUAUAUUGUAGAGAAGAAAGAGUUGCCAGAGGGCCGUUGGGUAAAAGCCAACUUCACAAAUAUAAUUGAAACUGAGUAUACGGCAACUGGCCUUGUGGAAAAUGAGAAAUAUGAGUUCCGUGUUAUUGCAAGAAAUGCAGCUGGUGUGUUUAGCCUUCCCUCAUACAGUACUGGACCAAUUACUGCUAAAGAUGAAAUUGACCCUCCUCGUAUUAGCAUUGAUCCUCAGUUCACACAAACUGUUUAUGUUAAUUCUGGAGAGAGCUUCAAAAUCGAUGCAGAUGUACAUGGUAGUCCAAUACCCGAAAUCUUCUGGAUGAAAAAAGGCCACGAGACACCCCUUACAAACACUAUAACCAGAGAUAUUAAAAACACAGACAGCACUACUCUGUUGACUGUUAAAGAAGCCAAACUUGAAGAUGGCGGACAGUACAUUCUACUUGUAAAGAAUCCAGGAGGUGAAAAGUCAGUGAAGAUAAAUGUGGUGGUUCUAGAUAAACCUGGGCCACCACAAGGUCCUAUCUCUGUGACUGGCGUGAAAAAUGAUCAGUGUUGCCUUGCAUGGAAAUCACCACUAUAUGAUGGCGGUAGUAAAAUCACCCAUUACGUCAUAGAGAGAAGGGAGAGCAGCAGAUUAGUUUGGACUAUUGUUGAUAAUAAGUGUGAGUCAAAUAAUCUGAAGGUUACAAAACUCUUGGAGGGAAAUGAGUACAUUUUCAAAGUCCAGGCUGUAAACAAAUUUGGACACAGUGUGGGUCUUGAAUCAAAUCCUGUCACUGUCAAAGACCCAUUCAGUCCUCCAGGUUCACCAAGUCGGUUGGAAGUUUCCGAUGUUAAAAAGGAUUCAAUGGUAAUUUCCUGGGAGGCACCUGGAGAUAAUGGUGGCAGUGAUAUAACUGGAUACAUUAUUGAGAAACAUGACAAGGAGGGUGUGAGGUGGACCAGAUGCAAUAGGAAGACAGUUAGCGACUUAUCCUAUAAAGUCACAGGACUUAUGGAAAGUCACAAUUAUGAAUUUAGAGUUCUGGCUGAGAAUAUUGCUGGAGUUGGAGAGCCAAGCUCACCUACAGUUUUCUUCAAGGCUUUGGAUCCGAUCUUCAGACCAGGUGCACCGCUUAAUCCUAAAGUAACUGACAUCAGCAAAAAUUCUGUUUUCCUUUCAUGGGGCAAACCUAUAUAUGAUGGAGGGUGUGAGAUUCAAGGAUACAUUGUUGAGAGAUGCGAAGCACAAGGAGAAGCUGAAACAGCACCUGUGGAGGGAGCACCCACCAAAGCAGGACCCGUUGAGCCAGCACCCGCACCCACAGAUGCAACAUCUGCUGAGGCAGAACCUUCUGAGGUGUGGACAAUCUGCACUCCACCAAGUGGCAUCAAACAGACAAGAUUUGAAGUUGAAAAAUUGGAGGAAAUGCACAUGUACAAGUUUAGAGUUUGUGCUAUCAACAAACUUGGAGUUGGAGACCACGCAGAUGUCUCUGGAAUCAUUCUUGUCAAAGAGAGGAUUGAGGAACCAGAUCUAGAUAUUGACCCAGACCUGCGGAAGGUUGUCAACAUUAAGGCUGGAUGUUCCCUCAGACUGUUCAUUCCCAUCAGAGGCCGUCCUCAACCUGAAAUCAAAUGGGGAAAGGAUGAUGGUCCAGUUAAGGAGAAUGCACUAAUUGAGGUGACAAGUAGUUACACAUCCCUUGUGAUUGACAAUGUCACCAGAUUUGACAGUGGAAAAUAUACUGUUUCUGCAGAAAAUGCAAGUGGCAAAAAAUCUGCUGUAAUUAGCAUUAGAGUUCUUGACACACCUAGUGCCCCAGUCAACCUUAAAGUGAAAGACAUCACUGGUGAAUCAGUGACACUUACUUGGGACAUACCUGUGUUAGAUGGAGGAGCUAAAAUUAGAAACUAUAUUGUUGAGAAACGGGAAAGCACUAGGAAAGCAUAUGCAGCUGUGGUGACAAACUGCCACAAAUUAUCAUAUAAGGUUGAGAAUCUUCAAGAGGGUUGCAAUUACUAUUUCAGAGUUCUUGCUGAAAACAUCCAUGGUGUUGGCUUGCCUAUUGCAACUGUUGAUCCUAUUAAAGCCUCCGAAGUGCCUCAAACCCCACGAAAACUGACUGUUGUUGAUCAAACCAAGACAAGCAUCUCCCUUGCCUGGGAAAAGCCUGAGCAUGAUGGUGGAAGUAGAAUAAUUCAGUACCUGUUAGAGAUGCAACCUAAAGGGGCUGAGAAAUGGUCAGGUGUUGCAACUGUCAAAGCAAUGGAAUCUGUUGCUAGCAAUCUAAUUCCGGGUGGGGAAUAUAUGUUCAGAGUAUUUGCUAUCAAUGACAAAGGAAAGAGUGAUCCAAGAACACUUGCAGUUCCAGUGACAGCAAAGGACCUUGUUUUUGAGCCAGAUGUUAGACCUGCAUUUAGCAAUUACAGUUUUAGGGUUGGUAAAGACUUCAAGGUUGAAAUCCCUAUUACAGGACGUCCAAAACCAGAAGUUAAAUGGACCAAGGAUGGUUCAAUCCUACUCCAAACAUCAAAAGUGAAAAUUAUUAACACACCAAAUAGCACGUCUUUAAGUAUCACAGAGGCUACUCCAGAAGAUGGUGGAAUGUAUGGCAUUAAUGUUAGUAAUGCCGUUGGAGGAAAAGAUGUAACCAUUGAAAUAAUUGCUCUUGAUAAACCUGGCCCACCUAGUGGACCUGUGAAAUUUGAUGAAAUUACUAUUAAUUCUGCAACUCUUUCUUGGAAUCCACCAAAGUAUACUGGUGGCUGCCAGAUUUCAAAUUAUAUUGUUCAGAAGAGAGAUACAACCACCAAUACUUGGGAGAAUGUUGCUGCUUCUGUGGCUAGAACAACAUUCAAGGUGAUAAGGCUAAAAACUGGGGCUGAAUAUCAAUUCAGAAUCAUUGCUCAAAAUCGCUAUGGCAAGAGUUAUGGUUUGGACUCACGUAGUGUGACAAUAAAGUACCCUUACAAAGAACCUGGGCCACCUGGCACUCCAUUCAUUGCAUCUCUCUCAAAGGAUCAUAUGGUUGUGGAAUGGAAUGAACCAGUCGUAGAUGGAGGAAGCCCGGUUCUUGGCUAUCACCUUGAAAGAAAAGAGAGAAACAGUAUUCUUUGGACAAAGAUUAAUAAGUCGCUCAUCAAAGACACAACCUACAAAACUGGUCCCUUAGAGGAGGCUGUGGAAUAUGAAUUCAGAGUUUAUGCUGAAAAUAUUGUUGGUAUUGGUAGAUGCAGCAAAGUCUCAGAAGGUUGCGUUGCACGUGAUCCAUGUGAUCCACCUGGCACCCCAGUGGCUGUCAUUAUAAACAAAGACUCCAUCACCAUUGAAUGGACAAAGCCAGAAUAUGAUGGAGGCAGUGUGAUUACUGGUUAUAUUGUGGAAAAACGUGAUCUUCCAGAGGGACGCUGGAUGAAAGCAAACUUUACUAACGUUAUUGAGACCAGAUUUACUGCUACUGGACUAACUGCUAAUGCACAGUAUGACUUCAGAGUCAUUGCCAAGAAUGCUGUUGGAACAUUUAGCAAGCCAUCUUAUAAUAGUGGACCUAUAACAGCAAAUGAUGAGGUUGAAGCACCAAGAUAUUCUAUUGAUCCUGCUUUCACCAAAACUAUUGUUAUUAAUGCUGGGGACACAUUCAAAAUUGAUGCUGAUGUACAUGGAAAGCCAGUACCUACAAUCCAGUGGUUUAAAGAUGAUGUGGAAAUUGAAAAGAAUACAAUGCGAUUGGAAAUCAAAAAUACAGAAAGUGUUGCAAUGAUAGUUGUAAAGGAUUCCAUCAGAGUUGAUGGUGGAAAUUACAAACUUGUACUGACAAAUGUUGCUGGCUCUGAGACAGUUCCUUUUAAGGUGAAUGUACUAGACAGACCAGGACCAUGCAAUGGACAUCUCAAUGUCACUGGAGUUGCGAGUGACAAAUGCACACUGUCAUGGCGUGCCCCACUACAUGAUGGAGGCAGCAACAUCACACACUACCUCAUUGAGAGGCGUGAAACCAGUCGUCUUGCUUGGACUAUGGUUUCUAACAGCUGUGAGACCACAGUUUAUAAAGUAACUAGUCUCCUGGAAGGCAAUGAGUACAUUUUCCGUGUCAUGGCUGUGAACAGUUAUGGUGUUAGUGAUCCUGUGGAAUCUUCAGCAGUAAUAAUGAAAAAUCCAUUUGUUGUUCCUGGAGCACCACAUGUUACUGAUGUAAUGAACAUUGCCCGGGAUUCAAUGACUGUUUGUUAUUCAGCACCAGAAACCGAUGGUGGAAGCGAAAUUACAACGUACAUCAUUGAGAAGAAAGACAGAGCUGGAGUUAAAUGGACUAAAUGUAACAGGCAAAAGGUCACAGACUUAUCUUUCAGAGUAACAGGUUUGACAUCAGAUCAUGAGUAUGAAUUUAGGGUAUCUGCUGAAAAUGCAGCUGGAGUUGGUGAACCAAGUCUACCCACAUCAUACUUUAAGGCUUGUGAUCCCAAGUACAAACCUGGAGCCCCCACACAUGCACAUGUGAUUGACACCACAAAGAGCUCAAUCACAGUUGCAUGGGGAAAGCCACUCAAUGAUGGUGGCUGUUCUAUUCAGGGAUACAUUGUAGAGAUGUGCAAAGCUGAAGAAGAGGAAUGGAAAAUGUGUACUCCACCAACAGGUCUGCGGAUCAAUAAAUUUGAAAUCACAAAACUUACAGAGGGUCAAGAAUAUCAGAUCCGAGUUUGUGCUAUCAAUAAAAUGGGUGUUGGUGAGCCAGCAGCUGUAUCUGGAGCAUCCAAGCCAGAGGAGAAGUUAGAAGUUCCUGAAAUUCAGCUGGAUUCAGAAUUGAGGAAAGGAAUUGUUGUGCGGGCUGGAGGAUCCGUGAGAAUCAAUGUACCAUUCAAAGGCAGACCAACACCUGAGAUUAAGUGGUGUAAACUGAAGAAGGUAGAAGAAAAGGAAGAAGAAGAUGAAUUGCAAGAGAAAGCAGUGGUUGAGAAGGGUCUCAAUUAUACUCAACUUUCCAUUGACUUUUGUGAUAGGAAUGAUUCUGGAAAGUACAAUGUGACUGUGGAGAACAGCAGUGGUAAAGUUUCUGAGUUUGUAACUGUGAAAGUGCUAGAUACACCGGGUGCCCCUCUAAAUCUUAAAUUGUCAGAGAUCAAGAAAGACUCAAUAACGCUUGUUUGGGAUGCCCCUCUUACUGAUGGUGGUGCGAAAAUCAAAAAUUAUGUUGUUGACAAAAGGGAAUCAACAAGGAAGGCUUUCGCAAAUGUAACAACCAAGGUCAACAAAACAACCUAUAAAGUUGAAAACCUUGUUGAGGGGGCUAUGUAUUACUUCAGAGUUAUGGCUGAGAAUGAAUACGGAAUUGGGUCAUCUAUUGAAACAAAGGUUGCAACAAAGGCCUCUGAGGUUCCUCUUCCAGUCGGAAAGAUCUUCUUGACUGAUGUUACAAAAGCCAGUGCAUCAUUCACAUGGGAAAAACCAGAACAUGAUGGUGGUAGCAGGAUUACCGGUUACUUAGUUGAGAUGAAGACAAAGGGAGGAGACAAAUGGGGUGUUGCAACAUCCACAAAGGGUGAGUGCCAAGGCACAGUUACCGGACUUACACCCGGACAGGAGUAUCUGAUCCGUAUAAUUGCUUACAAUGAAAAGGGAAAGAGUGAACCCAAAGCACUUGCUAUGCCAGUGGUUGCAAAUGAUAUGACAAUUGAGCCAAGCUUAAAACUUGCAUUCAACACUUACACUGUGAAAGCUGGUGAUGAUCUGAUCAUAGAAAUCCCAGUGUUUGGCCGACCAAAACCCCACAUUGAUUGGAAGAAAGAUGGGCUUCCUUUGAAAAUAUCAUCAAGAGUGAAUUUGAUAAAAACGGAAACAACGGCUGGCAUUAAAAUUACAGAAGCCUGUAAGGAUGACUUUGGAAAGUAUACCAUUACAGCAGCUAACACAGCUGGCUCAGUUACUGAAGACAUUGGAAUUACAAUCCUUGACAAACCUGGUCCACCAACUGGACCCAUUAAAGUCCUUGAAGUAAGCAACACUUCUGUCAAUCUCUCAUGGGAAGCCCCGGAGUACACCGGUGGAUGUCAAGUCAAGCAUUAUACUGUGGAAAAACGAGACUCAACGCAAACAACAUGGCAGAUUGUGAAUGCACAGCUUGCUAGAACAGCUAUUAAAAUAACCAAGCUAAAAACGGGUGCAGAGUACUGUUUCCGAAUCUGUGCUGAGAAUAGAUAUGGAAAGGGUGCUCCUUUGGAAACAAAACCAAUUGUAGUGCAAUAUCCAUACAAAACCCCAGGACCACCCGGAACUCCAUAUAUCAAAUCUGCAACAAAAGAUCAAAUGAUUAUUGAAUGGAAUGAGCCAGUCAAUGAUGGUGGUAGCACUGUUAUCGGAUACCAUCUUGAAUCUAAAGAAAGAACCAGCAUUAUGUGGAAUAAACUAAACAAGGCCCUAAUCACUGAUACCACUUUCAAGAUAUGUAAUCUUGAGGAAGAUAUUGGAUAUGAAUUCAGAGUCUAUGCUGAAAAUAUUGUUGGUAUUGGUAGAGCAUCAAAAACAUCAGAAUCCUAUGUUGCUCGUGACCCAGUUGAUCCACCAGGUACUCCUGAGGCUACCGUUAUCUCCAAGAACCAUAUUGUGAUCCAGUGGACUAAGCCACAGUAUGAUGGUGGUAGUAAGAUCACUGGAUAUGUUGUGGAGAGAAAAGAUAAAGCCAACACCGAGGGUCGCUGGAUGAGAGCCAAUUUCACCAAUGUCAUUGACACAGAAUUUACCAUUUCUGGCUUGACAGAAAAUGAACAGUAUGAGUUCAGAGUGAUUGCAAGAAAUGCUGCUGGUAUUUUCAGUGAGCCCUCUGACAGCACUGGACUCAUUACCGCCACAGAUGAGAUUGAAGCACCAAGAACCUCAAUGGAUCCUAAAUACAAGGAUGUAAUUGUUGUUCAUGCGGGUGAAAACUUAGUUAUGGAUGCUGACAUAUAUGGCAAACCCACUCCUGAGGUCCAAUGGUUGAAGGAAGGAAAGCCAUUGGACAAAUCUCUUCGAAUUGAAGCGAAAACAAUACAGAAACGUGCAUCUGUAACAAUCAAGAACUGCACAAGGUUAGACAGUGGACACUAUGACCUCAUUCUCACCAACAUAGGUGGGGUAAAGACAAUCCCAAUCACUGUGAAGGUCCUUGAUAAACCAGGUGCACCCACUGGGCCACUUAAAGUUGCUGGACUAACCGCUGACAGAUGCUUCCUCUCCUGGGCUGAUCCUGCCCUGGAUGGCGGUGCAGCUAUAACUCACUAUAUUCUGGAAAAGAGAGAGACCAGUCGGUUAUCCUGGACUGUGGUUAAUGCAAAUAUUCAAGCUACAAAUUUCAAAGUUAUCAACCUUGUAGAAUUAAAUGAAUAUAUAUUCAGAGUAAUGGCUGUCAAUAAAUAUGGAAUUGGUGAACCUUUGGAGUGUGAGGCAGUGACUGCACGCAAUCCAUACAAGCCUCCAAAUGCCCCCGGAACACCUGAGGCAAGUCAAAUAACAAAGGAUUCCAUGGUCCUAUCAUGGUCCAAGCCAGAUUAUAAUGGUGGCGCAGAAAUUAACUGCUACCAUCUUGAAAAACGUGACAAAGAUAGUGUAAGGUGGACCAAAUGCAACCGGAAACCAUUGACUGAUCUACAAUUCAAAGUCACUGGGCUUUUGGAUGGUCAUUUCUAUGAAUAUCGGGUUUCUGCUGAGAAUGAAGUUGGAGUGGGAGAUUUGAGCGAACUGUCCCUAUUCUACAGAGCAUGCAAUGCUACAACAGUACCUGGAGCCCCACACCAUCCUAAGGUAACAGAUAACACCAGCUCAACUGUGUCUUUGACCUGGGGCAAACCUACUUUUGACGGUGGAGCGUACAUCAAAGGGUACAUUGUUGAAAUGAGAGAGGUGUUGGAAGAAGAGAGGAAAGCAAUGGAAGAGGAAAAGAAGAGAAAGGAAAGAGCAGCAGAAGAAGGGUAUUCUGAAGGUGAGGAAGAAGUCAAAGCAGCAGAACACAAGAAGUAUGAAUGGACAAUAUGUACACCUCCAACUGGCAUCCAGGCCACACACCUUACUAUCAAGGACUUGAAGGCGGGACUAGAAUACAAAUUCCGUGUUUCUGCUAUCAACUCAGAGGGAGUUGGUGAGCCUUCAGAAAUCCAUGGCACUGUGAUUGCAGCAGAAAGAGUUGAGGCCCCAGAGAUGGAACUGGAUGCUGACCUUAGGAAGGUUGUCUCUGUCCGAGCUGGUGGAUCUUUGCGUCUGUUUGUUACAAUCAGGGGAAGACCUGAACCGAAAGUUGAAUGGGCAAAGCUGGAUGGCGAGCUGACAGAACGUGCCAUGAUAGAAUCCACAACCUCGUAUACUAUGCUUGUAAUUGACAAUGUUAACCGAUUUGACAGUGGCAAAUACACUUUAAAACUUGAGAAUAGCUAUGGUGAGAAAACUGCACUAAUCAACGUCAGAGUGUUGGACACACCAAGUGCACCCCAGGCCUUUACUGUCAAAGAUAUCAAAAAGGAUUCUGUAAAUCUUGUUUGGGAACCACCACUCACAGAUGGUGGAUCAAAAAUAACGAAUUACAUUGUGGAGAAACGAGAGUCCACAAGAAAGGCCUACACUGCUAUAACAACUAACUGCUUAUCUAAUUCAUUCAAGGUUGAAGAGUUGCCAGAGGGUUGCAUUUUCUACUUCCGUGUCUGUGCUGUGAAUGAGUAUGGCAAUGGGUUAAUGGCAGAAACCAAAAACCCAGUAAAAAUUUCUGAAGUACCUACGCCACCACAUAAUGUUAGAGUUGUGGAUCUCACGAAAAACAGUGUGUCACUUGCUUGGGAAAAACCAUCUCAUGAUGGUGGAAGCAAAGUAAUGUGCUACAAUGUUGAGGUGCUAGGUAAGGAUGACAAGGGUGCUCAGAAGUGGACUACUUCCUGCACAGUCAAAACCCUGGAAACAACUAUUUCAAACCUAGUUGCAGGUGACUCAUAUUCAUUCAGAGUUAUCGCAAUCAAUGAGAAAGGAAAGAGUGUACCAAAGGAACUUGGUCUACCUGUGACACCAAAAGAUAUGUCUAUUGAACCGUCAAUUGAGGUUUUAUUCAAUACCUACAAUGUUAAGGCUGGAGAUGAUCUCACUGUUGAAAUCCCAGUUAGAGGCCGACCUAAACCUGUUAUUGCGUGGAAGCAAAAUGGCCUUCCUUUAAAGCAAACAACCUCAGUGACAAUUCUGAACACUACUAACUCAUCUAAAAUCAUAAUUAAGGAGGCAGGGAGAGAACACGUUGGAAAAUAUGAAAUCACUGCUGCAAACCCAGGUGGAACGAAAACAGCCGAGAUUCGAAUUAUUGUGCUUGACAAACCUGGUCCACCAACUGCUAUCAAACCAACUGCUGUAACUUCAGACAGUAUUUCAUUGUCAUGGGCUGCACCAGAGUAUGAUGGUGGCUGUUGCAUUAAUAACUACAUUGUAGAAAAGAGAGAUACAAAUACAACAGUUUGGCAGAUGGUCUCAGCCAAUGUAGCUACAACAGCAAUUAAAGCCUCUCGUUUGACACAGGCUGCUGAUUACCAGUUCCGUAUCUACGCUGUUAACCGUUAUGGAAAGAGUCAACAUGCAGAGUCCCAUUCAAUUACUGCCCAGUAUAGCUUCAAGCAACCUGGCCCGCCAUCUACUCCUAAAGUGGCACAUGCAACUAAGAUUUACAUGCUUGUCAUAUGGAAUGAGCCAGUCAAUGAUGGAGGCAGCACAGUCCUUGGAUAUCACUUAGAGCAAAAAGAGAGAACCAGCAUCCUCUGGAACAAAAUAAACAGAGGUCUAAUCAAAGAUACAGAAUACAAAGUGACUAGUGUUGAGGAUGGCAUGGGUUACGAAUACCGUGUUUAUGCUGAAAACAUUGCCGGAAUUGGAAAAUGCAGCAAAGCAUCAGAGGCUGUCUUUGCGAGAGAUCCAUGCGAUCCUCCUGGCGAGCCAACAGUCACAGGUAUCACAAGAACGUCAGUGUCCCUCGCUUGGACUAAGCCAGAGUAUGAUGGUGGAGCCAAGGUCACUGGUUACAUAAUUGAACGCAGAGAUCUCCCAGAAGGCCGCUGGAUGAGGUGUAACUUCACUAAUGUGGUAGAAACCUACUACGACGUCACAGGCCUUAUUGAGGGCCAGCAGUAUGAUUUCCGUGUAAUUGCAAAGAAUGCUGCUGGAUGCUUCAGUGGCCCAUCUGAUUCCACUGGCUCCAUCAGAGUCAAGGAUGAUGUGGAUCCACCACGUAUCAUGAUGGAUGUGAAAUACAGAGCUAAGGUAUUCGUGAAAGCAGGAGAUGUUCUUAAAAUCAAUGCAGAUAUCUCUGGGCGUCCCCUACCAGUUGCAUCAUGGAAAAAGGAUGGGAAAGAAAUUGAAAUCAGGGCCAGAAUUCAGAUUCUUGCAACAGAUACCAGCACCUCAGUAAUUGUGAAGGACUGCAUAAGACGCGAUUCUGGACAGUAUACCUUGACUUUGAAAAACAUAGCUGGAACGGUUUCUACACCAGUGGACAUUGUGAUCCUGGAUAAGCCAGGACCUCCUGCUGGCCCCCUGGCGACUACUGGCAUUACAGCCGAGGAUGUCACGUUAGCAUGGGGUCCUCCUCAAGAAGCAGGCGGCGCUGAUAUCACACAUUAUGUAGUUGAAAAGCGUGAAACUAGCCGUCUUGCCUGGACAUUGGUAAAAGGAGACUUGAAAUGUACACACUUCAAGGUCACAAAUCUCUUUAAAGACAAUGAAUACAUUUUUAGGGUCAUGGCUGUCAAUAAGUUUGGACUUGGCGAGGCCCUUGAGAGUGAGGUUGUCAAAGUGGCUGAUCCAUUUACAAAACCACAUGCACCCACAAACUGUGAGAUCACAGAGGUAUCCAGUGAGGAAAUGAGACUUGUCUGGCAGAAACCAGUUUCAGAUGGAGGCAGUCCAAUUACUGGAUAUGUGAUUGAAAGACGAGAUACAGCAGGUCUACUCUGGGUCCGUGUGAACAGAGAGCCUGUGACUCAAUUAACAGCUGUAGCAACUAAACUACGAAAGGGAAGCGAAUAUGUGUUCCGCGUGUUUGCUGAGAACGCUGCUGGUUUGAGUCCUCCAAGUGACGCAAGCCCAGCGUGCCGUGCGGAGGAUGAACAGAUUGAGCCAGACCCACCAAGUAAACCAAAGGUUGUUGAUUCAACCAAGAGUUCUAUCUCCAUAGUUUGGAACAAGCCACUAGAAGACGGCGGAGCACCAAUCCUUGGAUACAGUGUGGAGUAUAAGAAACAUAAGGAUGAGGAAUGGACAGUGGCCAUUCAGAUGGUAAAGAGCACAGAAUUUACAGUCUCUGGACUUACAACAGAUGAAGAAUACGAGUUUGCUGUUAAGGCAAUAAACAAGAUUGGUGAAAGCGAGCAAAGUCCAAUUUCUGAGCCUAUUGCAGCAGUAGAUAGAACCGCAGAGCCAAUGUUUGAUGUUGACAUUGAAAUGCGCAAGACAUUGAUUGUCAAGCAUGGAAGCUCAUUUACUCUGACUGUACCAUAUAAGGGAAAACCUGCGCCAUCAGUACAAUGGAACAAAGCAGAAGUUGAUCUUAAAGCAAGAGCAACCAUUGAAACAAAUCACAGCUGCACUUCACUGACAAUUGAAAAGGCCACAAGAAAUGAUUCUGGACAGUACACUGUGACAUUAGAGAAUGGUAUUGGAAACCCAGCAACAUUACCAAUAACUGUUAAGGUGCUUGAUACUCCUGGACCACCGCUGAAUGUUGUGGUUAAGGAUGUCACCAAAGACAGUGCUACCGUUACGUGGGAAGCUCCAGAAAAUGAUGGAGGUGAUGCUGUGAAGGCCUACCAUGUAGAGAAACGUGAAGCCAGCAAAAAGGCAUGGGUGUCUGUGACCAACAAUUGCCAUGCAUUGUCCUACAAAGUGGAAGAUUUACAAGAGGGGGCCUUCUAUUACUUUAGAGUCAUGGGAGAAAAUGAAUUUGGAGUGGGUGUAGCUGCUAUUCCGAAGAAUGGAACAAAGAUUACAGAAAAACCAAGUCCACCUCAAAAGCUUGGGGCUAUUGCUAUAACCAAAGACAGUGUUACAAUUGGAUGGACAAGACCAGAGCAUGAUGGUGGAAGCAGAGUAACUCAGUACUUCAUUGAAGCACGUGAGAAAGGACAAAACAAAUGGGUUAAGGUUACUCUUGUAAACACAACUUCUUUCCAAAUCAAAAACUUGAAAGAGAACGCUGAAUACUUCUUCAGAGUUAGCGCUCAGAACCAUGCUGGAGUUGGAGAACCCAAAGAGAUGGUCAUUCCUGUUGUGGUGAAAGAACAACUGGAGGCCCCUGAGUUCAACUUGAGAAAUUACCCAAGCAAUACUGUCUAUGUGAGAGCAGGAUCAAACCUGACUUUCGAGCUUCCUAUGGCCAGCAAACCUAUGGCAAAGGUUGUUCUAGCAAGAAACAAUGUUAUUCUGAAACCAAACAAAAGAUUGCUUACUGAAGUUACUGCUGAAAGCCUUAUCAUCACACUAAAUGAGAGCGUUGCAAGUGAUGCUGGCAGAUAUGACAUCACCGCUUCCAACACAAGUGGUGUCACCAAGACAUUUAUCAACAUUGUUGUGCUGGAUAAACCUGGUCCUCCAACUGGCCCUGUUAAGAUUGGUGAAGUGACUGAAUCCACAGUGGCUCUAAAAUGGGCUCCUCCUGUGUAUGAUGGCGGCAGCCCAGUUACCAAUUAUGUUGUGCUAAAACGUGAAACAAGCACACCUACUUGGACUGAGGUUUCAUCUCAAGUAGCAAGAAAUGCUGUAAAGGCAACCAAGCUCACCAAAGGAGAGGAAUAUCAGUUCAGAAUCAAGGCUGAGAAUCGCUUUGGUAUUAGUGACCACAUUGAUACCCCUCCAAUCACUGUGAAGCUUCCAUACACAUUCCCUGGCCCUCCAUCAACACCAUGGGUAGCUAUGGUUUCAAGAGAGAGCAUUACAGUCUGCUGGAACGAGCCUGUCACAGAUGGAGGAAGCACUGUUACUGGCUACCACUUGCAAAUGAAGGAGAGAAGUAGUAUUCUUUGGCAGAAGGUCAACAAAGUGGCAAUCACUGCAACACAACUGAGAGUAACAAACAUCUGCCCUGGCCUCAUCUAUGAAUUCAAGGUGGCAGCAGAAAAUGUUGCUGGCAUUGGCAAAAUGAGCAAAACAUCAGAGGAAGUGCUCGCUAUUGAUAACUGCGAGCCCCCAGCAGCUGUAAGAGUCUCUGAGAUCACAAAGAACUCCAUCAGUCUAACCUGGGCUCGGCCUCCUUAUGAUGGUGGUAGCAAGAUUACCGGAUACAUGGUUGAGAAGAGGGAUUGCCCAAAUGGCAGAUGGACAAGGGCCAACUUCACUAAUGUGAUUGAGAUGAAUUUCACAAUGUCAGGCUUGACCCAAGAUGAAUCCUACGAAUUCAGAGUCUAUGCAAAGAAUGCAAUCGGUUCUAUCAGUAAUCCAUCUGAUGUUGUUGGGCCAAUCACUUGUGUAGAUUCAUGUGGUGCUCCUUCAAUCGACCUUCCUCCAGAGUAUUUGGAUGUUGUGAAAUACAAAGCUGGAUCCAUGGUUAAGAUCAGAGUAGGAAUACUUGCCAAUCCUUUGCCAACAAUUGAAUGGUGCAAGGAUGGAAAGGAUAUGGUGUCGAGCACCACACUAUCCAUUGAAAACACCACAGAUUCUUCUAGCAUUCUCAUCAAGGAUGCAACUCGUAGUCACACCGGCACAUAUGAAAUCAAGAUCAAGAAUGUUUUCGGUUCAGCAUCUGCCACCAUCAGGAUGGAAAUUCUAGACAAACCUGGACCUCCCCCUGGUUUGAUUCAGUUUUCACUGGUCACAGCAGACAGGAUCAUUCUUAAGUGGGAGCCAAUCACUGAGGAGGGUGGUGCUAAGGUCACCCAUUAUGUGGUGGAACAUCGUGAAACCAGCAGAGUGGUAUGGUCCACCGUGUCUGACAAACUGGAAGAGUGCUACGUUUGUGUCACAAAAUUAAUGAGAGGAAAUGAGUACAUUUUCCGCGUGAGAGGUGUGAACAAGUUUGGAGAUGGAGAGCCCUUGGAGUCUGAGCCUGUCAUUGCCAAGAAUUCCUUUGUUACCCCUGGACAACCAGCCACACCAGAAGUAACAACUAUAACCAAAACAUCUAUGGUAGUCGUAUGGGACAAACCUGGUGUGGAUGGUGGUAGUCAAGUAACUGGCUACUACCUUGAAAGGCGUGACAAGAAGAGCCUGCGUUGGAUAAAGGUUUUGAAAGAUCCAAUUAGGAACACCACAAUGACUGUCUAUAACCUAACAGAAGGCAAUGAAUAUCAGUAUCGUGUGUGUGCUAUUAACAAAGCCGGAGAGGGACCUUUCUCUGAUCUAUCUGACUACUACAAAGCAGCCAAUCCAGUUGAAACACCAUCUCAACCUACCAAGCUCAAAGUGGUUGACUCAACCAAGACAUCGAUCACCCUUGGAUGGGCCAAGCCAGAAUGGGACGGAGGAAGUGAGAUCGUCAGCUACGUUGUGGAACAGUUGACGGACGUGGAAGGCCGACGACGCAAACCACUUAAAGAAGAUUUAUCUGAUGAAGAGGAAGAAGAAGAGGAAGAAGAAGCAGACGAUAGAGAAUGGGUAGUUGUCAGCCAGAAGGGAGAAGUGAGGACAACAGAGUAUGUUGUGUCUGGACUUAAACCAGAUGUUGAUUACUACUUCCGUGUGUCUGCGGUCAACAUCGCAGGCCGUGGAGAUGCCAUCAAGAUAAAACAGCCUGUUCAUGCAAAGGAUAUUCUGGAGGAAGCUAUCUUUGAUCCAGAUGUCGCCAUGAGAACUCAUUAUAUUGUAAAAGCAAAGCAGAAUGUAGAGAUUACAGUGCCCCUUAAAGGCAGGCCUGCACCGAGUGCCUCUUGGAUGUUUGAAGAGGAGAACAUUGACAAUAAUACAAAAUAUGAGUUCCAUCACACAGAUAUUACAUCAACCCUUGUUAUUCCAGAAGCCAGUCGUAAUGAUACUGGAAAGUACACUGUGAAAAUUCAAAAUGGUGUGGGAGAGACAAAGUCAACAACGCUAUCUGUAAAGGUUCAAGACACACCAUCUGCAUGCAAAAACCUGGUUUUGAAGGAUGUCACUCGUGGCAAAGUAACCUUGUGCUGGGAAAAACCUGAACUUGAUGGUGGCGCAGAUAUUACUAAUUACAUAGUUGAAAAGAGAGACUCAUCCAAGAGAUCAUUUUCUAGUGUAACAACCAAGUGCACAGAAACAAGUUAUACUGUUGAAGAUCUCUCAGAAAAAACAUCAUACUUUUUCCGUGUAUCAGCAGAGAAUGAAUUUGGAAUAGGUGAUCGUUGCAGCACAGCUGAAUCAGUGAAAGCUACAGAAACUCCUGGUCCAGUCAAAGAAGUUGCUAUGAAGGAUUCCUCAAAGACCUCCGUGACACUGCAGUGGGUGAAGCCUGAUUACGAUGGUGGAAGCAUCAUAUCAGACUACGUUAUUGAGAAGAGACUCAAGGAUGAAAAGGACUGGGCAAUCGCCGGUACCAGCAAACAUUGUGAAUACGAAGUAACAAAACUCAAAGAAAUUUCACAAAUGCAUUUCAGAGUUGCCGCCAGAAAUGAAAAGGGAAAGGGUGACUUCACUGAAAUUGGACCAAUUGUAGUGAAUGACUUUAUUAUCCCACCAGAGGUCAACCUGGAUGAGUAUCCAUAUGGGCGAAUUAGUGUACGCUUGGGCCAUAAUGUACACAUUGAGUUGCCGUACAAGGGUAAACCCAAGCCUGCGGUAAAUUGGCUGAAGGACAAUUUGCCACUGAAGGAAAGCGAAUUUGUACGCUUCAAGAAAACUGACACCAAAAUUGUUUUCACUAUCAAAAAUGUGACAGCCGAGCAUGGGGGGAAAUACACACUCACACUUGAUAACAGGGUGUGCAGGAAAUCCUUCAACAUGUAUGUCAUAACUCGUGGACCACCAUCGAAGCCUGUCGCACCGAUCAACUUUGAUGAGGUCAGAGCAGACAGUGUCACAAUAUCCUGGGAGGAGCCAGAUGAUAAUGGAGGCGGAGAGAUCACUUGCUACUCCGUAGAAAAGCGUGACACAUCAAAGAAUGACUGGAAGAUGGUUUGUUCCAGUGUCACUGACACAACAUUCAAGGUGCCCAACUUGAUCAAAGGAGCGCAGUACCAGUUCAGAGUGCGUGCAGAGAAUAUAUAUGGAGUCAGUCAGCCACUGGUGUCACCAAGCAUAAUUGCCAAACACCAGUUUAGGCCUCCAGGUCCACCAGGAAAGCCUGUUGUGUACAAUGUCACUAACGAUGGAAUGACCAUUCAGUGGGAGCUCCCUGUCUUCAAUGGUGGUUGUCCAAUCAAGGGCUAUCAUGUUGAGAAGAAGGAGAAGAACAGUGUUAUGUGGCAGAAGGUUAACACUGUGACUAUCCCCGGAACAGACUACAGGAUCCUUGACCUGAUUGAAGGAUUAGAAUAUCAAUUCAGAGUCUAUGCACAGAAUGAUGCUGGUUUCGGCCGCAAGAGUGACGAAAGCAACGUCACCAUGGCAGUUUCUCCUGUUGAUCCACCUGGUCAACCUGAUUACACGGAUGUGACCAGCAAUUCUGUUGCACUGAAAUGGGACGCACCCAAACGUGAUGGAGGCAGCAAGAUUGUGGCCUACAAUGUUGAGAAACGCCAAGGAAAAGGCAGAUGGCUAAAGAGCAACUUCACUGAUGUCCAUGAUACCGAGUUCACUGUCACUGGUCUUGCUUGCAAUGAACGCUAUGAGUUCAGAAUUGUUGCAAGAAAUGCUAUUGGUGUAGUGAGUCCUCCAUCUAACUCAUCUGGCUACAUUGUGGUCAGAGAUGAAAGUGCUUCUCCAAACAUUGAGUUUGGCCCAGAGUAUUUUGAGGGACUCACAAUUAAGGCUGGAGACAAUUUGAGACUGAAGGUAUCAAUCACUGGUCGACCACAGCCCAAGGUUGUGUGGUUCAGAGACGGUGUGCAGAUUACUAAGUCAAUGAUGGAUGUCAUAACAACUGCUGGAUCAAGCAUGCUUUUUGUGCGUGAUGCUGACCGCAGUCACAAAGGAACUUAUACAGUGGAAGCCACCAACAACCAAGGAACAAAGAAGGAGAACAUCAUUGUCCAAGUCCAUGAUACUCCUGGAGAGCCUGUAGGACCUAUUGUUUUCAGUGAUAUUUCUGAAGGCAAAGUGACUCUAAAAUGGAAUCCACCGGAAAAUGAUGGAUGCGCAGACAUCACUCACUACAUUAUUGAGAAGCGUGAAACAUCUAAGAUCUCAUGGGCGCUUGUCUCAGAUUCCUGUAAAGAAACAGUAUACCAUGCAACCAAGCUGAUGAAGACCAAUGAGUACCAGUUCCGAGUUUCUGCUGUAAACAAGUUUGGUACUGGCAGACCAUUGGAUUCAAGUCCCGUAAUUGCACAAAUGCAAUAUACUACUCCUGAUGCCCCUGGCACACCUGAUUCCACUGCCACUUCUGGAGACAGUAUCACACUGGCAUGGGAAGCACCUACGUCUGACGGAGGCAAUCCUAUUCAGUACUACAUUGUUGAAAAACGCGAGAAGAAGACUGUACGAUGGGACAAGGUGAGGUCAAAGAAGCCCAUUGUGGAGACUGCUUACCGGGUGGAUCAUCUCACUGAAGAUAUGGAGUAUGAGUUCCGUGUGAUGGCAGUAAACGAUGCCGGAAUCGGAGCACCAAGUAACAUCUCAAUGGCCAUUAAAGCCAGUGAGCCAAAGGACAUUGCAUGUGCUCCAUCUGUGGUCCAUGUAACCGACUCCACAAAUACAACAAUCAGUUUGGAAUGGACCAAGCCUAAAGAUGAUGGUGGCAGUCCGAUCCAUGGAUACAUUAUUGAGUUACACAAGGUUUCUGAGCAAGAACUGAAAGAAAUAUUAGCUAAACCUAAGAAGGUGGUAGACAGCUCAGACGAAGAGGAGGAAGAAGAAGAAGAAGUGAGAGAAGUGGAUUCCAGAGAAUGGGUCAGAAUAAAUGAGAAUCUGGUCAGUGAUACACAAUACGUUGCCACUGGUUUGGAAACAGGUUCACAUUACCUGCUCCGUGUUUCUGCCCAAAAUAGUAUUGGCAAGGGAGAUGGGAAAGUGAUUCCUGAGCCAGUACAGGCAUUGGACAGAAACGUAAAACCUGCUGUUGAUAUUGACGCUACCUUUAAACACACACACAUUGUAAAGAAAGGAGGCACUGUCUGUCUGCGUAUCGCCUACAAAGGAAAACCAACUCCUUCCAUUACAUGGAGUAAGGAAGAUGGUGAACUUGGUGUAAUGACAGAUGUUACUACUACAGAUACCUGCACCGCUCUAACAAUAGAAAAUUGUACCAGAAAUGAUUCUGGGAGAUACAUAAUUUCUCUGGAGAAUAGCAGCGGUAUGAAGGAAGUUGAUUUCAUAGUAAAGGUACUGGAUAGCCCUGGACCCCCAGAAUCUAUUUCCUUUGCAGACGUUUCCAGAGGAGCAGUGACGCUAGUUUGGAAACCUCCAACUAAUGAAGGUGGAGCUCGUAUUCAGCAUUACAUCGUAGAGAGGCGUGAGGCAAGUCGUCGUACCUGGAACCAAUCCGGUGGCAAGGUCACUGCACUGUCCUUACAUAUUAAGGAUCUUCUCGAAGGUGUUCCUUACUUCUUUAGAGUCUCAGGAGAAAACCAGUACGGUAUUGGCGAACCUGUUGAGACCGUAGAUCCCGUUAUUGCUACUGCAGCACCUUCUGCACCAAUGAGAUUGGAUGUUGUGGACGUCACAGACACUACAGCAACACUGUCUUGGGUCAAACCUGAGCAUGACGGUGGUAGUCGUAUCACAGGCUACAUUAUUGAGCAUAAGGCCAAGACUACAGAUAAAUGGGUAGUUGGUGGUGAGACCAAGAAUGAGAGCAUCACACUACAAUUAUGUAGGACUGCAGAGUAUGAGUUCCGUGUUAGGGCAAAGAACGAUGCCGGUAACAGUUUACCAAGAGAGGCACUAUCCUCUGUGGUAAUAAAAGAACCACAGAUUGAACCAACUGCAGAUCUCAGUGAAAUAUCUAACCAGGAGAUCAUUUGUAAAGUGGGUAAUUCCUUCACCAUUGAUGUUCCCAUCACUGGUAGACCAACACCAAAAGUUAUCUGGAAACUGGAGGAGAUGAGACUGAAAGAAACUGAUAGGGUUGCAAUUAAGACUGUCAAAGACAGAACCACCUUGACUGUCAAAGAGGCCAUGAGAGGUGACGGUGGCAGAUACUUCCUCACUCUGGAAAAUACUGCUGGAUCAAAGACAUUCUUCAUUACUGUCAAUAUCAUUGGAAGACCUGGUUCCCCCGUUGGACCUGUUCAAGUUUCAUCCAUCACAUCAGAAUCUUGUGAGAUUUCUUGGGAUGAACCAGAGGAUGACGGUGGAACAGAUAUCACCAACUACAUUGUUGAAAAGCGUGAAUCUGGCUCUACUGCUUGGACACUCAUCAACUCCAGUGUUAAACACACCAACCUCAGUGUGGGACACCUGACAAAGUACAUGCAAUACACCUUCCGUGUCAGUGCUGAGAACAGAUUCGGCACAAGCAAACCAACUGAAUCUGACACCAUUGUCGCUGAGAAUCCAUUUGGUCCUCCUGGUGCACCAACCAGACCUACAGUUUAUAAUGUUUCUGCAACCUCCUGCUAUAUUCGAUGGGAGGACCCGUACCAUGAUGGUGGCAGCAAGAUAACUGGAUACUGGAUUGAAAAGAAAGAACGAAAUAACAUCCUGUGGGUGAGGGACAACAAGAUCCCCUGCUUUGACUGUGACUACUGUGUAGAGGGACUUGUCGAAGGCCUUUCAUAUCAGUUCCGUGUCUUUGCAAUGAACAGUGGUGGCCUCGGCAAAGCUAGUGAGCCAUCCAAGCCUAUGGUGGCACAAAAUCCAGUUGAUCCUCCUGGCAGACCAGAGGUAACUGAGGUGGGCAGCUCUACAGUGUCCAUUAAAUGGUCGGCACCUCUCAACGAUGGUGGCUGCCCAAUUGUAGGGUACAUUGUUGAACGCAAGCCAUACACGGUCACUGGGGAAGGUCGCUGGCUGAAGUGUAAUUACACCAACGUUACAGACAAUAACUUCACCAUCACCGCACUUGGUGAAGGAGAGGUCUACGAGUUCCGAGUCAUUGCCAAGAAUGCCAAUCAAGUUUUCAGCCUGCCCUCAGAGUCAACUGGUGCCGUCACAUGCAAAGCAGAAUACGCUCCUCCAAGGGCAGACCUUGACAGCAAACUGUUGGUGGACACGGUAACAAUUAGAGCCGGUGCAGACCUUGUUUUGGACGCUGCUGUUGGUGGUAAACCUGACCCCAAAGUGUUCUGGGCCAAGGGAGAGAAGGAACUGGAGCUGUGUGAGAAGUACUCCCUGCAGUACUCUAGCACACGGGCCAUGGCUAUCAUCAAAUUCUGUGACAGAGGUGAUACCGGGAAGUAUGUUCUCACUGUAAAGAACGCCAGUGGCAUCAAGUCAGCUGAAGUUAACGUGCAAGUCCUUGAUACACCCGGUCCUCCUGAUGGAGAAAUCACCAUUAGCAAUAUUUCAGAAGAGAAAUGCACUGUGUCUUGGAAACCCCCUCUUGAGAAUGGUGGUGACCCUGUGACACAUUACAUUGUUGAAAGACGUGAUACCAACAGACUGAACUGGGUGAUCAUGGAUGCUGAGUGCAAGGAACUAUCCUGUGAGAUUACCAGGUUGUUCAAGAACGUUGAGUACCUUUUCCGUGUGAGAGGCGUCAACAAGUAUGGAUCUGGCAUUCCUCUGCAAUCUGGUCCUAUUAUCGCCAGAAACAUGUUCACUGUUCCAUCUGCUCCUGGCACACCAGAGAUUAUUUCUGUAGGAAAAGAUUUUGCUACCAUUGAAUGGCUGAAACCAGAGAGUGAUGGUGGCAGUCAUAUCACAGGUUAUCUGAUUGAGAAGCAUGAAAGGAAGAGUGCUAGAUGGAUCAAGGUGAACAAAGAUGCUACGCUUAUGAGCACCACCUUCAAAGUAACUGACCUUGUGGAGGGCAACAUUUACCAGUUCCGUGUAUCAGCUGUCAACAAGGCUGGUGAGAGUGAACCAAGUGAGCUGUCUCUCUAUGCUGUUUGCAGGACACCAACAAGUACUCCUCCUCCUCCAUCAAUCCCACGUGUUGUGGAUACUACCAAAGACAGUGUGAGCCUUGCUUGGACCAGACCCUUGGAGGAUGGAGGAUCUGAUAUUAUUGGAUACAUUCUGGAAAUGCAAGAACUAGAUGAUGGAACUAAGAAGCCUCUUGCUCCUAAGCCAAAGCCUGAAAAGGUUCCUGAGAAGGUUGUUUCGAAAGGAGCCAGGCUAGGUGCCAAGAAGAAAGUUGUGUUUAAGGAAGAGCCGGAAGAGGAGGAAGAGGAGGAAGAGGAGGAGGAAGGUACCAGUGUUUGGGUAAAGACCCAUGAAAAGAACCUGAGACUUACAGAACACGUGGUAACUGGCCUUACAACCGGCAAGAAGUAUUGCUUCAGAGUGGCAGCAGUUAAUUUCAAUGGAGUUGGGGAAUUCAGCAGACCCUGCACGGAAGUGGAAGUUAUCGAAAAGAUUGAAACCCCUGAUAUUGAACUUCCUGAUGAAAUGACCAAGACCAUCUGCCUGAGAGCCGGAGGUUGUCUUCGUCUCUAUGCCACAGUCACUGGAAGACCAAUCCCUGUUGUGACUUGGAGCAAAGCUGAUGUUAACCUCAACAACCGUGGGUUCAUUGAAGUCACUAAAACAUCCACACAAAUCAUUAUUGAAAAAGUGCACCGCUAUGAUGCUGGCAAAUAUACAAUUACGGCAAAGAAUGAAUCUGGUGAAAAGACAGCAACUAUUCUUGUCAAGGUCUACGACACACCUGGCCCAACUGGCCCAAUUAAGAUAAAGGAACUUCAGAAGGACUCCAUUACCAUUGCAUGGGAUCCUCCUACUGUUGAUGGUGGAGCGCCAGUAAAUAACUACAUCAUUGAGAGGCGAGAAGCAUCAAUGCGAGCUUACAAGACAGUGACUUCCAAAUGCAGCAAGACAUCAUACAAAAUUGACGGACUCUUCGAGGGAAUGCUGUAUUACUUUAGAGUCCUACCAGAAAACCUGUAUGGUGUGGGAGAACCAUGUGAAACUCCUGAUGUCAUUUUAGUGUGCGAGGUGCCUUUGCCCCCAGCAUCACUGGAGGUUUUAGAUAUCACCAAAACCACAGUAACACUUGGAUGGGAAAAACCAGAGCAUGACGGUGGAAGCAGACUUACGGGCUAUAUUAUUGAAGCUUGCAAAUAUGGCACAGACAAAUGGAUGAAGGUGACAACAGUGAAGACAACAGACACUGAGUUUACUAUUACUUCUCUGACUGAGAACGAGCAGUUUAUGUUCAGACUCAGAGCUGUUAACAGUAGGGGACCAAGUGCACCAAAGGAGCUUGUCGCAGCUGUAACAGUCCAAGAACAAAGAGUUAUGCCCAAGAUUGAUUUGUCUAGCAUCCCACAGAAGGUUGUCAAUGUGUUGAGUGGUAAACCACUUGAGCUGCACUUGCCAUUAAUUGGUAGACCCCCACCUGUUUGCUCAUGGUACUUCGGUGAUAAGAAGCUGAGGAUCACGGAGCGAACGAAGAUUCAGACAACCAGAACGUUUUCUCAGCUAACCGUGCUUGAUACAACCAUCGAUGACACCGGUGACUACACUCUCGAAUUGAAGAACAUCACAGGAGAGACUUCUGAGAUCAUCAAAGUGAUCAUACUUGACAAACCUGAUGAGCCUAAAGGACCAAUCAGGUUUGAUUUGGUUGAUGCCACCUCUGUGACCAUCAGCUGGGAUCCUCCAGAGAGAAACGGCGGUGCCCCUAUCAGCGGAUAUGUUGUUGAGCAGCGUGAUGCCCACCGUCCUGGUUGGCUGCCAGUGUCUGAGGCUGUCAGCAGACCAACAUUUACAUUCAUCAACCUGGUAGAAGGAGAUGAAUAUGUGUUCCGUGCAGCAGCAAUCAAUCGCUACGGUGUUGGCAACUGGCUGCAGUCUGAAGUUGUGAUGUGCAAGAGUGCAAUUAAUGUCCCUGGACCUCCAGGCAGACCAACAGUAUUUGACAUGUCCCGUGAUGGCAUGACUGUUGCAUGGGAGGAACCAAUGGAAGAUGGUGGAUCUGAGGUGUCUGGAUACAUCAUUGAGCGCAAGGAGGUUAGAUCUGACAGAUGGGUACGUGCUAACAAGAACCCAGUCACCAUGACCAGAUACAGAUCAACAGGUCUGAUUGAAGGCCUUGAGUAUGAACAUAGAGUAACAGCAAUCAACUCCCGAGGUGUUGGUAAACCAAGUCUUGUUUCUGCAACGGCAGUGGCAACGGAUCCCGUGGAUCCACCGGGUUCACCCCAAAACCCACGAGUCACAGACACCACAAAAUCAUCAGUGUCUCUAGCCUGGAGUCCUCCUGAUGACGAAGGUGGCUCUAGGGUCAAUGGUUAUCUGAUUGAGAUGCAGAAGGCAGGCUCAUUUGCCUGGAUCAAAUGUAACACAACACCUUCUCUGAUCUGUGAAUACACACUCACCCAAAUGCCCCAAGGAGAGCAGUUUAAGUUCCGUGUAAUGGCUUGCAACGCUGGGGGACCUGGAGAACCAGCUGAGGUCCCUGGAAUGGUCACUGUGACAGAAAUGCUUGAAAAACCUGACCAUGAACUGGAAGCCAAGUACAAAGAUGUCCUUGUCGUCAGAUAUGGCGGUGUUAUCAAACUCUCAGUACCCAUCAAGGGUAAACCAGUCCCUACAUGCAAGUGGACAAAGGAAAGUGCUGCCGUGCCUGAGAAAGCCAUGAUUGCUUCUAAUGAUGAUUGCACUGAGCUGGUUAUCAAGGGAGCAGAAAGAACCGACUCUGGUACUUAUGACCUGCAGCUUGAGAAUAUGUGUGGCAAGAAGUCUGUUCACAUCAAAGUGAAGGUUAUCGGCCGUCCAGCUGCUCCAGAGGGACCACUUAGAUUCGAAGACAUACUGGCACAAUCUGUUAAGUUGACCUGGAAGGCUCCUUUAGAUGAUGGUGGUUCUGAAAUCCUUGGUUACAUUGUUGAGAGACAGCAGGUUCCCAAAACAGCCUGGUACACUGUAGAUACCAGAGUGACAGAUACAUCUUUGGUUGUGAAGGGACUCAAGGAGGGACAACAGUAUAAUUUCAAGGUGACAGCUGAAAAUACAUUCGGUAUCAGCGGAUCUCUGAAGUCAACGGAACCCCUCGUACCAAAGACUCCUCUCUGUCCCCCAGAGACAUCUAGCAUCCCACCAGAGGUUAUGGAUGUCACUAAGAGCUCAGCAUCUCUGUCAUGGUCGAGACCUAAGGAUGACGGUGGCUCUGCCAUUACUGGAUACUUUGUUGAGUACAAAGAAGUAUCCUCUGAAACAUGGGUUCGUCAUGAGAAGAAGGUUGUUUCGACACAGUUUACUGUCCCUGGACUCACUGCUGACGCAGAGUACCAGUUCCGUGUUAUUGCUCAAAAUAAUAUUGGGGACAGCGAACCAGGACCUGCAUCUGAACCUGUCACAUGCAAAGAUCCAUUUGACAAACCAAGCCAGCCAGGUGAGAUUGACACAGUUACUGUCACAAAGGAUGCUGUCACCAUUAAGUGGACGGCACCAGCAUGUGAUGGUGGAAAAGCGAUCCUUGGAUAUUGGGUUGAAUGCAGGAAAUCGGCAGAAGCUACCUGGGUGAAAUGCAACAAGACACGCACCAAGGAGAAAGAGUUCACCGUGACUGGUUUGGCUGAGUCCACUGAGUAUGAGUUCAGAGUGAUGGCUGAGAAUGAGACCGGCAUCAGCAGACCACGCAGAACAGCCACAUGCAUCAAGACAAAACUAGGUGCUGGAACUCAACCAAGCCUGAGGAAAGAAAUGGAUGAAGUUACCACUAAAUUAUACCAACCCGCAGUUAUGAAAUGCCAGAUUAUUGGUAGACCUGUUCCCGAUAUCAAAUGGUAUAAAUCUGGCAAGGAGAUUAUUGAGUCUCGCAAAUAUGAGAUGAGCUCUGAUGGUCGUAACCAUUCACUAACCAUUAUGACUGACCAGCAAGAGGAUGAAGGAGAAUACACAUGCAAGGCAAUCAACGACGUAGGUGAGGCAGAGACCAGUGGUGUUCUGGUUUUGGAAACUGCUCCACAGUUCAAUCCUGACAUCCCAUUGAAGGAUAUCUACUAUGCUGAAAGUGGCACCACACUGCGAAUGCACGUUGCCUACAUUGGACGUCCUGAGCCUAAGAUCAUGUGGCUUUAUGGAGCUACAACUUUAGUGGCUUCUGAGAACAUCAGCAUUGAAAACACAGAGUAUUACACUCACUUGGUGAUCAAGAAUGUGCAACGCAGGUUACAUGGAGGAAAAUACAGAGUCAGACUUCACAAUCACUUUGGCAGAUCUGAAACUGUCAUCAAUGUUGAAAUCCAAGAUAAACCUGCCAUACCUGAAGGUCCCAUUAUACUUGAUGCCCUGUUGAAGAACUCUGUGAUUAUUAGCUGGAAACCACCAAAGGAUGAUGGUGGAUCAAUGAUCACAAACUACAUUGUUGAGAAACGUGAAGACAAGGAGGGUGAUGAAUGGACACUUGUGUCCUCAUCCGUCACAGGAACAAACUGCCGCAUUGCCAACCUUGUUGUAAAUGCUGGGUACUUCUUCCGUGUGUAUGCUCAAAAUCGUUACGGCAACAGUGAGCCACUGGAGAUCCCCACUCCCAUCCUUAUCAAGAGUUCAAUGGAUAAACCCUCACCACCACUGCAGCCAGUGGCUUCUGGUGUGACCAACACUUCUUGUGUUGUGUCUUGGAAGCCUCCUCUCUCUGAUGGUGGCUCCAAGAUCAAGAGUUACUGCCUUGAGAUGAAGCAAAAGAAGGGUGAAUGGACACCUGUCACUUCUGAUGAAAUCAAAACCACAGUCUUCUCUGUAAAACACCUUACAGAGGGUUGUGAAUAUAUCUUCCGUGUGAACUGUGAAAACCUUGGAGGAGUUAGUGACUGGAGUGUGGAAUCUGCACCAGUCGUUCCAAAGAUGCCUGUUGAUGUCCGUGCUCCUGCCUUCAAGGAAGAACUGAGGAACAUGAGUGUCAAAUACAAGAGCAACGCCACCUUUGUUUGCAAGAUCUCAGGACAACCCAAGCCUGUUAUUAAAUGGUUCAGACGUGGGAAAGAGAUCCAGUCUGAUGGAAAGAAACUGAAGAUUCAAGAGUUCAAGGGAGGCUAUCACCAACUGGUUGUAUAUGCUGCUGAUGAGGAAGACUCCACUGUCUACCAAAUCAGAGCAACCAACCAGGGAGGAUCCAUCUGCGCCACUGUCUCUCUGGAUGUUGAAAUUCCGGCUAAGAUUAACCUGCCUAAGAAUCUGAAGGAUAAAGAAGCAAUCCCAGCCCUGCGUGGAGAGAUUGUGAAUAUCAAGAUUCCAUUUAGUGGCAAACCCGAUCCAGUCAUCACCUGGCAGAAGGGUCAAGAUCUCAUCGAUAACAAUGGAUACUACCAAGUCAUUGUCACAAGGUCAUUCACAUCGCUUGUGUUCCCCAAUGGAGUUGAUAGGAAGGAUGCUGGAUUCUACAUUGUUUGUGCAAAGAAUAGAUUUGGCAUUGACCAACAGACAGUAGAACUGGAUGUUGCAGAUGUGCCUGACCCACCACGUGGUAUCAAAGCAAGUGAUGUAUCAAGAGACUCAGUCUGUCUGAAUUGGCAAGUACCUGCUAAUGAUGGUGGAAGCAGAGUAAUCUCCUAUGUUGUGGAAAAAUGUCCCACAACAGCUGACAGAUGGGAACGUGUUGCCCAGACUCGGGAUACUCGCUACACCGUCAUCAAUUUGUUUGGAGGAACCAGCUACCAGUUCAGAGUCAUAGCAGAGAACAAAUUCGGUCAAAGUAAACCAUCUGAACCAAGUGGUCCAGUUACAACAAAGGAGGACAAAUCAAGAGUACUUGGCUAUGACAGUGAGGUUAGUGACAGAGAUGUGCCCAAGCAAAAGGCUCCUCAUUCAAGUGCCGAGAAUGUACAUACCAAGUACAUGAUUGCUGAGGAGCUGGGCCGUGGUCAGUUUGGUAUUGUUCAUCGGUGUGUUGAGACAAGCUCUAAGAGGACAUACAUGGCCAAAUUCGUGAAGGUGAAAGGUGCAGAUCAAGCAAUAAUCAAGAAAGAAAUUGCAACACUGAACCUAGCCAGACAUAACAACUUCUUAUGUCUCCAUGAGUCAUUUGAUAGCUCUGAAGAAUUAGUCAUGAUCUAUGACUUUAUCUCAGGUCAAGAUAUCUUUGAACGCCUUGGCACAGCUGACUUUGAGCUGAAUGAGCGUGAAAUCGCCAACUACAUUAGACAAGUAUGUGAAGCACUUGCAUUCUUACACAAUGAGAGCUUUGGUCACUUUGACAUCAGGCCUGAGAAUAUUGUGUACACAACAAGAACAGGCAGUAAAGUCAAGAUUAUUGAGUUGGGACAGGCAAGACACCUAACUCCUGGGGACCAGAUGAAGGUCCAGUUCACAACAGCUGAGUAUGCUGCUCCUGAGAUCCACCAAAAUGACAUGGUCAGCACAGUGACUGACAUGUGGUCAGUUGGUGUCCUAGUCUAUGUCCUUCUCAGUGGACUCAAUCCAUUCACUGCCGAAACUCAUCAGCAGAUGAUUGACAACAUCUCAAAUGCUGAGUACAGUUACGACGACGAAACCUUCAAGGUGCCGACUGUUGAAGCAUUAGACUUUAUCAACCGCCUUCUCACCAAGGAGCGCAAGCACCGUAUGUCUGCUGCCCAGGCCUUGGAACAUCCUUGGCUGAAGAUGCCAGCAGAAGAACUCAGCACUACAGCAAUAUCAACCACAAGGCAUAAGAGGUACUACCAGGCCAUGGCAAAGAAAGAAUGGGCCACUGUUGUCUCAGGAGCAAGAGUUGCUGGCGGCGGUGCGAUCAGAGCACAGAGAGGUGUCACAGUUGCCAAAGUAAAGAUUGCACCAUUUGAACAUGGCCCAAUUGGGGGUCAAAUCAUUAAUACAGUAGUAGAUUUGGGAGCAGAUGUCAAAUUUACCUGCAACAUUGACAACUACGACAGCGCCACAGAGGUAACAUGGUACUAUGGUGUGCGUCAACUAGAGGCAAGUGACAAGUAUGAAAUCGAAUAUGAGGAUGGUCUGGCCAGCAUAUGCAUCAAGGGAGUCACCAAAGCAGAUGACGGCACCUAUAGAUGCAAGAUUGUCAAUGAGUAUGGUGAGGACAGUGUCUAUGGCGAGCUCUUCAUUAAUGGAGUCAGAUCAUACCGCAAGCAUUUCACAGCCCGUGUGGUGAAGAAGGUGAAACGUAGAGUGGAUACAGCUAGACUGCUCCAGAAACCACCAGAGUUCACUCUACCCCUGUUUAACCAUUCAGCCUACAUCGGAGAAGAUGUUCGCUUUGGUGUGACUAUCACAGUGCACCCUGAACCACGUGUUACAUGGUACAAAUCUGGACAAAAGAUCAGUCCUGAUGAUGAUGACAAAAAGUACACUUUCAUAACUGACAAGGGUCUUUAUCAAUUAGUGAUUCACUCUGUUGAUGCUGAUGAUGAUGCAGAGUACUCAGUUUUGGCCCGUAACAGAUUUGGUGAUGAUAGCUGUAAGGCACGUCUGACUGUGACACCUCGCCCAGCACCAGCAGAUACUAGCUUAAGGCCCAUGUUUAAACGGCUCCUGGCAAACGUGGAGUGUAGAGAAGGCCAAAAUGCACGCUUUGAAAUCCGAGUGUCAGGACUCCCCACUCUGAAGUGGGAGAAGGAUGGCAUGCCAUUGGCAUUUGGUCCACAAAUUGAAGUGGUGCAUGAAGGUCUAGAUUACUUUGUACUACAUGUAAAAGAUACUCUACCUGAAGACUCCGGCUGUUACAGAGUUACUGCCACCAACUCUGCUGGAUCUGCCAGUUGUCAAGCCAUUCUCAAGGUAGAUCGUGUCACCCAUGUGAAGAAAGUUUACGAGAGUGAUAAAGACAAAAAGAAACAAGCAGAGAAAGAAGAAAUAGACAAAAAGGUCAGAUUAUCUCAGAUCAUGGCUGGAACUGAUGUUAUGCCACUUCCUUCUAUAGCACAACAAGCUUUGCGAGAAGCCGCAUUGCUGUGCAAACCAGUAGGGGCCAAGAAGGACAGAACUGAAGCAGAAGAUAAGAAACGGGCAGAAGAAAGGGCGAAGAGAGCAGAGGAGAAGAGACUUCGUAUGCCCUACGAUGUUCCCCAACCUCGUGUACGUGGUCCAACCGCUCUUUUGGAAGACAUGGAAAUCAAACACUACGUACCUUGCUCUGAUAUGAAAUGGUACAAAAAACUCCGUGAUCAAUAUGAGUUCCCUGAACCAAUGGAAAAGAUUUCACAGAAGAGACUGAAACGCAUCCGACUUUCCAGGUGGGAUCAGUUCUAUGAAGUCCCUCUGCCAAGAAUCAAGGAAUCUUACAAGCCAAAGUGGCGCCUUCCACAAGUUUCACAAGAUGACUUGGAGACAGUCAGACCUUCAAGGCAGCGCACUCCUUCUCCUGAAUUAGAAGCAUAUCACAAAAUCAGAAGACGAUCUCUUGGUGAUCUUUCAGAUGAGGAGCUUCUCCUGCCAAUCAAUGAAUAUCUAGCAAUGAAGAGAACUGAGGAGGCAAGACUUCAGCUUGAGGAAGAACUUGAACUUGGCUACUCUGCCUCCCCACCAAGCCUUAGUCCUGUGCGCUUUGAAUUAGGUGUGCUGCGCCACACUUCACCAAAACACACUGUCUAUGAAGGAGAGGAAGAGGUUGAAGAGGUUAAAGUAUAUGACAAAUAUCGUAUUCCCUCCAAGUUUGAGGCCGGUCCAAGCUAUGUUGACCUUCGGCAACGCCAUGACAAGGCUACAUUCAGACCUCCAAGAGAAAGCCAAAGGGUGUUUGAGGAGAGGGAGGAUCAAGAGAUGCUGAGAAAUGUGAAAACAACUCAAAGAAUAACUGGUUACAAGAGUGAAUUGAAACGCAUAGAGUUUGAAGAAAAAACUAAAACCCUCAAAAAAGAGAGAACUACAACUUCCCAUGUGUCAACCUAUGUGGCAACUAAAACUGAGGGGAGACGAUCACCAACCCCUGAAAGAACCCGUCCACGAUCCCCUAGUCCUGAUGUUACUGCCAGAUCUGCCUCCAGGUCCAAGGUGGAGACCAUCCAGGUGGCCAAAGUUGACCAUCUGGCCAGGUAUGAGUCAAGAAAAGCUGUUCUGAGAUCCGAGAGGAGAUCAGUAGAAAGGAAGGAGGUUGUAAGUAUGCAGCCCUUCAGCCUCGACCAUACACCACGAGUUACUGUGAGGAUGCGUUCCCACCGUGUGCCAUACGGUCAACAUGCCAAAUUUACACUCAACGUCCAAUCAAAGCCAACCGCUGAAGUGAAAUGGUACCAUAAUGGACAACUGAUAACAGAGAGUAGGAAGUACUCUAUGUCCAACCUAAGUGGAGUUUUGUAUCUUCAGAUUCUUGACUGUACUACAGAGGAUAGUGGCACCUACCGUGUCGUCUGUACUAACACAAUGGGAGAAUGCUCAGACUAUGCCACUCUGUAUGUCGCAGGCAUGGGGGAGUAUUCUAGCUAUAUGUCACCUCGCGAAGAUGAGGAACCACCAGCUCUUCCUGUGGCAACCAAAAAAGGUGCUUACCAGAUAUCCUCCUCCAAGACUGUAAAGACAGUUGAAACACAUGAAACACAUGUGGAGUCCAGCACCUUCGUAAAAAAGAAGACUACUCUACCUGCAACUAUCCUGACAAAACCACAAUCCCUUACAGUAAAUGAGGGAGAGUCGGCCAGGUUUGCAUGUGAUUUUGAUGGUGAACCUGUGCCAACCGUGACCUGGAUGUAUGAGGGACAAAUUAUCAGAUCAUCUGUUCGCCACUGUAUCAGUAUAGAACAGUACAAGACUUCAUUUGAAAUCAGCUCUGUUGAGUUGUCAGACGAAGGCAACUACUCAAUUGUGGUAGAGAACUCUGAGGGUAGCCAAGAGGCUUUCUUCAGCUUAACCAUCCGCCGAUUGAAGGCCAAAGAAGAGGCUUCUUCAAAAGUGACACACUCAGAUGAAGAGCCGACAAUGCAUUCCCCCAGUCCAGUCAAAUCUCCAUCUAGAGUGAAGUCUCCUGAAUCAGUCAGCUCCCCACGGAGAGUCAAGUCCCCGACAAGCCCUACACCUACAUCAUCCACUCGAAAAGUCUCCCUCAAAAGCAAGCCUUCCAUUUCAUCUGGUCUUCAGGAUGUGACCGCAUCUGCCAACUCCAUCGUCAAGCUGACCGUGAAAAUGACUGGAGAUCCUAAACCUGAGAUCUCAUGGAUGAAGGAUGGAAAACUUCUCAUUCAGGGUGGAAAAUAUUUAAUUUAUGAAGAGCAUGAUUUGGCACAACUUCAAAUCUAUGAUUCUGAGGCUUCUGACAGUGGAGUUUACAAAUGCACAGUUACCAAUAGUGCUGGGUCAUCAUCCACAAGCUGUGUUGUCUCAAUUCAAGCCUCAAACAAAACUAAAACACUUGCAACAAAAACAGAAGUCUCUGAGCAAGUUAUGAAAAAGGAAAUUAUCUACGGUGAUGUUGAACCUUGCACAGAGACGAAGGCUUCCCAUGCACAAGUGGCCAUGACUGAAGGUCAGUCUCUCACCCUGAGAGCCAACAUCCCCGGAGCCUCAGAUAUCAGAUGGAUCCUGAACGGAAUGGAACUAGCCAACUCAGAGGACUACAGAUACGGUGUGUCUGGAAACUACCAUAUUAUGACGAUCAAAAAGGUCAGCCAGUACGAGCAGGGUGUCAUCACAUGUGAAGCCAAAACCGAGCAAGGCCUAGUUAAGUGCCAGUUUGACACCACCGUCGCUUCAGCUCAAUCAGGCGCACCGUCAUUCCUGCUGCAGCCACGCUCUCAGAAUGUCAACCAAGGGCAGAACGUUAUGUUCACAUGUGAAAUUGCCGGAGAGCCAGCCCCUGAAAUUGAGUGGCUUAAGGACAACAUCAUGGUGUCUGUGACUUCAAACAUGAAACUUAGCCGUUCAAAAAAUGUAUACACUCUGGAGAUUUUUGAGGCCACAGUUGCAGACAGUGGCAAAUACACCAUCAAAGCCAAAAACAAAUAUGGACAAUGCUCUGCAACAUCAUCUCUCAACGUCUUCACUCUUGUUGAAGAACCUGCCAAAAUGGUUGUAAUGGAGCAAAGUCCAACUGCUGCCAGCUUGCACUUGGACAGUUUCUCUGCCUCAUCAGUAAAUAUAGCAGGGGCAUCAAUGGUUAAAGCCUCAAUGAUGCAGGAAAGCUCUUUCCAAAGCAAAUUUAAAAGCAUGUCUGCUGCUAGCAUGUCCACCAUGACAUCUGAAUCAGUGGUAUCCAUAAGCUCCAGCUCAAGGUCAAGUGAAAUGAUGUCAAGUCAUGCUAUUUCAAAGUCACUUCAUGGCUCCUCAAUGAGUGCUCUUACCCGUGGUGGUGGUGGUAAAGCUCCCAAAAUUGAAUCUUUCCCUGAGGACAUCAGCAUUGAGCGAGGGAGGAAUUUAAGCUUGUCCUGUGCUUUCUCUGGAGAUCCAACACCUGCUGUUGAGUGGAUCUGCUCAGGGAAGAAGUGUGAUGAAGAGAGUGACCGGUUCCACAUUGAUACCACAGAGGACCUUACCACCCUUGUUAUCCCCUGUGUGAAGGAGGAUGAUGCCGGAGCGUACACUCUCAAACUGUCCAAUGAACUUGGAUCUGCCAUGGCAACUGUCAAUAUUCAUAUUCGAUCUAUGUAAAAAAACACUGAAAACGUAAACAAAUCAUUUCUAACCCAUUUUCCCUCCUCCAGUACCUUUUUAUUUAUUGAAUUAGCAAAAAUUAUCUUUUCUUGAUAAAGACCUGGAUUUCUGUUCUUGUAAAUAUGAACUAUUUUUAUACCAAACUUGACAUUAAUUUAUGCCAAACUAGACUAAAGUCUAAAGUUGUUAUAAAAUGUGCCAUAUUGGAUAAUUAUGACUAGGAUUUUUGAACCACUUUUCUGUGACAUGUACAUAAUGUAUAUAGCCGAAUUUAACGGUUAUGGAAAAUGUAUGCAUUGUUAUUUAUGACAAUAUUAACUGAAACAAAAGGAACAAUGUUUUAACAGGAGAAAGUUUCACAUGAAACGAAUACCCUGAAAAACGUGAAACUUAACUCUGUGCCUCAACAAAAAGUUGAAGUCUUAAGAUUGCCUCAACAGGUAGAGAGGCUCCCUGUUGAAGUUUAUACUAAAUCAGAGAAAGACAAUGUUAUGCACCAUGCAUCUGUGUGUGCAAUAUUACAAAUACUCAUAUGAAUUGUAACAUGAUCAUAAGACCCUGAGUGCUGUUUGCAAAUACCCUCAUGUAAGCAGCACAACUAGGUCUUGUGUUCAGACUGACUAUGUCAUACCACCAUUUUAAUGACAUGCUCAAAGUGCGAGCGGCCUGCACUUUGUGCGCUAUUUUUAUGUGCACUGUUUCUGGCCAUGGACAGUUGAAUUUAAUUUUUAAAAUGUAACAUCACCUGGCCAUUAAAAUAAAAGUAAAUUCAAGUACUUCAUUGCAGAAGCAGUGCCACCUCAUGGAGGAUUGCUGUGUGUGUGUGAGUGUGUUGUAGGUUUAGAAUUUCACCUUGUCAGUAGUCAGGGUAACCAUCAAGUGAAUGUACCAUGGUGACGCCAUCUGCCGUGAAACAAAGAUCGCAAAAAGCAUUAGUAAUAAUGCCCUGCACUUUGAUUGAACUGAGUCUAUUGAUGUAGAAUUACUACUAUCUUCAUCCUCCUCGAGUUUUAUGUUACUGAUUUAAUAAAGCAUGAUUUCAGCACUAAUGAAUUA